ACAGCAUCUGAGUAUCAGGCCUUGGACAGUCACAUGGCACCACUUCCGGUCAGCUGACAGUCACAUCACCAUAGUAACUAUAUACCAACUUCCGUCUGUCUGUCUGUCCGUCUGUGUCUGUGUCUCUGUCUGUCUGUGUCUGUGUGUAUCAGGUCACUCCGCGUAUCCUGGGAUCUCAGGGGAGAAUAACAAACCGCUCUCAGUCAUACUGCUGGAUAUCAGAAUUGUUCAAUUCCGAACUUGUCAAUAAAGUUUAUUGACAUUCGGAGUGCUUGGGAUAGAGCGCCUCUGUUGGGAACUCUAUGGUUGUGUAGCGCUCGGUGAGCGGCUGUGCAUUGCAACUCGCUGGUACUGGCGAGGAUAGAGUGUCGCCGGGGGGCAGCCUGACAGGAACUCUCUGGUGCUGGAGGACAGACCGCGGCUGCGGGUUGGACUCUGUGGUGCUGUGAGGGGUAGAGCGCUCCAUCGGGCAGCGCCGCUCGUGCCGGGCUAUCGCUGGUGGUGGAGGACUGACGUGACUCCUGAGCAGGAGGAGAAAUGGCGGAGGCGGCGGCCGUGUCUCAGCAUCGGUUCUUCUGUCACCAUUGUAAAGGGGAGGUGAACCCCAAGUUACCGGUAAGUAGCCCUCUGACUGCCUUCCCCGGGGAGAGGGGGGCUUCAUAUCCCCCAGAGAGAGGGAGGGGGGCUUCAUAUCCCCCAGAGAGAGGGAGAGGGGGGCUUCAUAUCCCCCAGAGAGAGGGAGGGGGGCUCCACAUCCCCAGAGAAGUGGAGGGGGUCUCAUAUCCCCCAGAGAGAGUGGAGAGAGGGGGGGCCUAUAUCCCCAGGAGAAGGGAGGGGGCCUGCUGAACUCCCCCAGAGAGGAAGAGGGCUUCCAUCCCCCCCAGAGAGGGGAGGUUUUACAUCCCCCCAGAGAGGAGGGGUUUCAUAUCCCCCAAGAGAGGGACGGCUCACAUCCCCAGAGAGGGACGGGGCUCUACAUCCCCCAGAGAGGGGACGGGGUUUUACAUCCCCCAGAGAGGGGGACGGCUUCAUAUCCCCAGAGAGGGGGGGAUCGGGGUUUCACAUCCCCCACAGAGAGGGGACGGGGGCCUACAUCCCCAGAGAGGGAGAGAGGGGGCUUCCACAUCCCCCAGAGAGGAGAGGGGGCUCAUAUCCCCCAGAGAGAGGAGAGGGGUUUGCCAUCCCCCAGAGAGUGGGGACGGGAGGGCUCACAUCCCCAGAGAGGGAGAGAGGGGUCAGUCCCCCAGAGAGGGGACGGUUUCAUACAUCCCCCAGAGAGGGGACGGCUUCACAUCCCCAGAGAGGGGAUCGGGUUUUACAUCCCCCAGAGAGGGGACGGGGCGUCACAUCCCCCCAGAGAGGGGGACGGGUUUUACAUCCCCCAGAGGGGACGGGGGCCAUAUCCCCCCAGAGAGGGGACGGGUUUGGCAUCCCCCAGAGGGGACGGGUUUGCCAUCCCCAGAGAGGGAUGGGUUUCCACAUCCCCCCAGAGAGGGGACGGGGCUUCACAUCCCCCAGAGAGGGGACGGGGGCUCACAUCCCCCCAGAGAGGGAGAGGGGGGCUUCAUAUCCCCCCAGAGAGGGGGACGGGGGAGGGGGCUUCAUAUCCCCCCAGAGAGGGAGAGGGGGGAGGGGGCUUCAUAUCCCCCCAGAGAGGGAGAGGGGGGCUUCAUAUCCCCCCAGAGAGGGAGAGGGGGGCUUCAUAUCCCCCCCAGAGAGAGGGAGAGGGGGGCUUCAUAUCCCCCCCAGAGAGAGGGAGAGGGGGGCUUCAUAUCCCCCCCAGAGAGAGGGAGAGGGGGGCUUCAUAUCCCCCCGGAGAGGGAGCCCAGGGGGCUUCAUAUCCCCAGGGGAAAGGAGGACGGGGGGCUGUAUCCCCCAGAGGGACGAAGGGGAGGCUUCAUAUCCCAGAGAGGGGGCGGGGGCUUCAUAUCCCCAGAGAGGGGCGGUUCAUAUCCCAGAGGGGACAGGCUUCCUUAUCCCAGAGGACAGGGGAAGCUGUAUCCCCCAGAGAGGGAGAGGGGGGGGGCUUCAUAUCCCCCCAGAGAGGGAGAGGGGGGCUUCAUAUCCCCCCAGAGAGGGGGACGGGGGAGGGGGCUUCAUAUCCCCCCAGAGAGGGAGAGGGGGGAGGGGGCUUCAUAUCCCCCCAGAGAGGGAGAGGGGGGCUUCAUAUCCCCCCAGAGAGGGAGAGGGGGGCUUCAUAUCCCCCCCAGAGAGAGGGAGAGGGGGGCUUCAUAUCCCCCCCAGAGAGAGGGAGAGGGGGGCUUCAUAUCCCCCCCAGAGAGAGGGAGAGGGGGGCUUCAUAUCCCCCCGGAGAGGGGGGCUUCAUAUCCCCCCUCUCCCUCUCUCUGGGGGGAUAUGAAGGCUAUGGCACCAUGUCAGCAAUCAGACCCUGCCAGGCUGUGUCACUAUGUCAGCAAUCUGACCCUGCCAGGCUGUGUCACCAUGUCAGCAAUCAGACCCUGCCAGGCUGUGUCACCAUGUCAGCAAUCAGACCCUGCCAGGCUGUGUCACCAUGUCAGCAAUCAGACCCUGCCAGGCUGUGUCACCAUGUCAGCAAUCAGACCCUGCCAGGCUGUGUCACCAUGCCAGCAAUCAGACCCUGCCAGGCUGUGUCACCGUGUCAGCAAUCAGACCCUGCCAGGCUGUCACCGUGUCAGCAAUCAGACCCUGCCAGGCUGUGUCACCGUGUCAGCAAUCAGACCCUGCCAGGCUGUGUCACCGUGUCAGCAAUCAGACCCUGCCAGGCUGUGUUACUAUGUCAGCAAUCAGACCCUACCAGGCUAAGGCACCGUGUCAGCCUGUUAUACAAUAUCAGGAAUCAGACUAUUGUAGUGACACUAAAUCAGGGAUCAGUCUCUGCCAAGCUAUGGCACCUGGUCAGGAAUCAGUCUAUGGCAGACUGUAUCACCAUGUCAGAAUCAGAACCUACCAGGCUAUGGCACCAUGUCAGGAAUCAGACCCUGCCAGGCUAUGGCACCAUGUCAUCCUGUGACACAAUAUCAGGAAUCAGACUAUGGUAGUGACACCAAAUCAGGAAUCAGACCCUGCCAGGCUAUGGCACCAUGUCAUCCUGUGACACAAUAUCAGGAAUCAGACUAUGGUAGUGACACCAAAUCAGGAAUCAGACCCUGCCAGGCUAUGGUAGUGACUCCAUGCCAUUCUGUGUCACCAUAUCCGGAAUCAGACUAUGGCAGUGACGCCAUACCAGGAAUCAGGCUACGGUAGUGACACCAUGGCAAUGUGGUUGGCUCUGGUUGUGACACUGGCUGGUACUGGCACAGUGGCUUGCUGUCACACAGGACACUGACUGGUACUGGCACCCUGGCUGGCUCUGAGUGUGGCUGGCACUGGCACAGUGGUUGGGUUCUGCCUGUGACAGUGGCUGGUACUGGCACCGAGGUUGGCUGUGGUACAGGACACUGGCUGUUUUUUUUUUUCUGUUAAUGUUAUCGGGCUCUGUGUUAAUGUGCAUUAAUGGAGUGUAAUUUUGUUGUGAGCCUUUUUAAUAUCAAACUACCUUUAUGAGGUUGGUGUUAACUGCGCAGAACUAAUACAUGAAUUGCUGCGUAAAACCAGUAAUUUCAUCACUCAAGUACUUAUGUGGGUAAUUUGUGCUUCCUGAAAUAAUUUAUGUCAGUUUAGAGUCAAUUGUCAAACUAAGCAACUUCCUGUCUUUUAAAUAAUUCUGUGUGCGCUGGUGGCACACUAUGACUGGCUUUAGUGUUCUAGUAAUAGUGCGAGAGGCUAGUUUCCAUUGUUGUUUUCAAAUGAGUGGCUGUAGCUCUAUAAGUUGAUUACAAAUUUAUGUAACAUACAUAGAUUGACAGGGAUACAUAAUUCUUUGCUUAUUUACUUUCCGUGAUAACACUCAAUGCCAACUGAGUGUGUGUGUGUCUUCUCUGUAUUUGCUCUCAUACACUCCUGUCCGUAUUAUUGAUAUUUCUAGCUAUUUAAUAUUCCAAUUAAUCAGACAGCUCUUUUGAAGAACGACAUCAUUCAACAGUUUUGAUGAAUGUUCUGAGUAAUCGUGUUAAUACCUCAUCAAAUUUUUAUGUGAAAAUAAGCCAUUCUACCCACUCAUUGCUGUACAUCUGUUUCCAUUCUUCAAUUAUCAUCAUAGUAUAUGGGCAUGUGGUCAGCGAAUAACCCUGUGUAAUGUGUCUCGUUGGUGAUAAAGGAUUCUUGUAUUUUAUUCAUUUUGUCCCGUGUGCCAGAGCAUUCUGAUCGUUGUCCCUCAAUGACGGCACAGUGCUGAUUGUUGACUUGCUAAGGUCCUGUGCAAGUUGCUUACUGACCUAGUAAGGGUUUGUCACUGAGGGUCAAAGGCCGAUGGGGCUUUCACGGCAUUGGAAAGGGUGCUGUAUUCCAUUUGCUGGAUUGAUAAGCGGUAUUCCUAUCAAUAAGACAUGCUUGGAAUAACAGACUUAAAGAUUUCACUGCAUUAGGAUAUGUUUUCUGUCUUUAAAAAAAAAAUAGGUCACACAACCUGUGAUCUCUCGGUGUACAAUCUUCAAGAAUUGUAGAUUUACAGAAUGUAUGGAUAAAACCAAUAACUCUCUAUUUGGGUCUCAUGCAUACGGUGCCUUAUGUAAGUAGGUACUGAAGUCCUGCAGUAUUGUAGGACCGCGACUGGCAACGUUUGUUACUCCAGAUGUUGUGGACUACAUCUCCCAUAAUAUUCUUACUGCCAUAAUGCUGACAAAGCAUCAUGGGUGAUGUAGUUCACAACAUCUGGAGUGCUACUCUAGCCCUGUUGUAGGAGAUUAAAGACCAGCACUGAUUUCUCUUCAUUUAAUUUAUCAUGUUAUACAUUAACGCAGCGAUUUACAGACUGCCUCUGAGUGCUCUAUUCACUAAACAAUGAAUGCAGUACAAUUGUUACAAUUUUGCGGUUUUAACUUAUUUGGCUAUUUCAUUGGAAGAGUAGAAAUCAAAUCAUUAUUAUUCUCUCUUUGCAGACGGGCUAAGAGGGUAUAGAUUAUAAGUUUGAUUAACAGGAAGCCAAGAUAGACGUAUCCAGUCCCAGGAUAGAACUAAAUACAGCUUAGUAAAUUAAUACAUUUUUAAAAUGCAUUUAUACCUCACAAACAUGUUAAAUAUAGGGGAGUAGUCAAUAUAACAGGAAAACACUGUGAUGUGACAGACUUCUCAACGUGAACUCCUCUGUAGGAGUGUAUAUGUUCGACACUGUAUUAAGUCAACUCUUCUAUAUGAAUGGAAAGUUUAGUGGCAGGCUCAGAUCAGAACCCGUGAGAGCCAACAUGCUCAUGCUCUACUAGAAAAUCCUGUGUUGGGUGCAGAGGAAUUUGAAGGAGAUAGUCUGAAUUUCUAAAUGUAAAUAACAGAGCAAGGAAGUUCUUGGACAAGUACAGUGAAAGCGAUACCAAGACUGAUAACUUAACAAAAAGGAAAAAAAGAACCUGUGGUCGGCAGACACCCUACAAUCAGUAGUUGUGACUUGCUGGAAAACUCCAGGAACUCAGUCUUGGCAUUGUCUAACCUGUGGGGUAAUCUCUGUCAAGACAAAAUAAAAUGUUUCAAAUUCCUGAUGAUUCUACACCCUAGCCCAGGGCUUCUCAGACAUGGUCAAACAUUUUUGGUGGUCCGAUGACCAGAAUCCAAUCUUCCCACCGAGCCCAGUAAGACAUGUCUCUUGCAACUCUGUUAAAGAGAAAAAAUACCUCUAACUUGUGUCAAGAUUUUGUCACGUCAUGUGAUGCACUAGCUUUAUUUAAAGAAAUCUAAAUAUAACACUCCUCACAACCGAGUUUAGUCUAGGCACAGCUGGGCACACAUUGUUUUGGAGGAGGAGAAAUGGACGCAUUGUUUUUGUUUCUCCUCCCCUCACAUGUUAAGUAGCAGAUAAAGGCAGAGCUUAUAGAAAUAAUUUCACAUGGAGACAAGAUAAAUGCACUCUGUUCAGGAUAGAAUUGACUAAAGCAGAAUAUUAUAGUUUAGCUCGUUGAAGUUUAUGUUAUGGGACAGGAGUGUCCUGGUGCUGUCUUUCUCACAGGAGAGUAGCCUUGCCUGCAUUUUGUAGUUUCAGCUCCCAGCAUAUCUGCCCCCAGCUGUCUUCUUCUCUGCAGUUCGAGGAUGCUUUAUCCAGGAGGUAUCUUACGUUUUUAAGGGCUAAGCAGUUGUGCACGUUUUAACCCCAAAGUUGGGACUCUGGCACCAAUCUACGAUGCCUUGUGAUUUAAUUCCUCUCUCCUCAGAGGAGGAGGGUGUCAAGAUUACUGAUUGAUCCAGCACGUAGGAUUGUGUCACACCUAGGACUAAACGAUAAUGUCUUACCGGGCCUUAGAAUGGCCGAACUUAACGUACCUAAGAGUAGUCAGCGUACUAGCCAAAGUUGGGGGGCACAGAACGGGACACAACAAUAAGGGAAAGCCAGAAGUCAGGUAUCCAGAAUACAGGGAAGUCAAACAAAGCCAAAGUCAAUAACCAGAAAUAAACGCUCAGAACAACCACUAGGGAAUCCACGACAGGGCAAUGAGGAAAAGUAAAUCAGAGCUUAAAUAAGUGCUUUACAGUACUGAUGGGCCGAAAAUGGCUUUUGACCCCAAAACGUGCGCGCGUCUCCCGCAUGACGUCACGCGCAUGCCAACAUCGUCAUUAACGUAGGCGGACAUGCCAUCAUUGAAAGAGAGUAUGUACUAUUUCUCGCAAAUAGCUGCAAAAUAUGUAUAGGUGUGUCACUAUCUACUGCGCACAAAAGAGAACUAAUAUGAUUAAAGGAACUUUCUGAGCACCAUAACAACUCAAUCAGAAUACUUUUAGGGUAAAAAAGUUUGCAGAAGGUUUAACCCCAAAGUCUUCUCUCCAAUGCCAUUUAGCUCUGCCCAUCUUUUUUCACUUUGCGAUUUUACAAACAAGAAGCCUCUGACUACAGUGGACUUGGGCGCUGCUGAGUCCACUAUUCAUAAAACCAAGUGAGAAAUUUAUACGUUUUUCUCAGGCCAUUUUUAUGAAUGAGGAGCUGCUGAUUAGCUUAGAGUGUCAGCUGGCUCUCCCAGUGGCGCACAUGUCUGGGGCUUCCUAUUUGAAGAAUCUCAGAAAACUUGUAGGACAGGGGCAGAGCUAAACUGCAUUGGAGCGAAGACUUUGGGGUUAAACCUUUUGUGAACAAUUUUACCCCUAAAGGUAAGCUGGCACCAGGGAUGUUUUGGCACCAUAACAACUUAAUGCCAGUGCCAGGAGGUUCCAUUUAAGCAGUAUUUAAUACUGGCCUGUAUAACAUAUCUGAAUUUGGGUAGAAUAUAUGUUUAAAAUAGCUUUGGCAAACUUUUUAAAUUUUUAGCCAUACCAAUAAAGCAUUAUUUAAAGUGUAAAAUACAAAAACACAGGUUGCGCCAAAAGGUGCAAAACAUUAGGAUAAUAUAAUAAUACAAAUAUAAAAAUAGCCUAAAUAUUCAAAGUCUAAAUAUCGCAAUCCCAGCUGUUUCUGGAUUCUUAGGGAAUGUUUGGUUCUUGGUUAAGGUGCUUGCAAAUCUAUGUAGGGAGACACAAAGUGACAAAUAAUAAUGCAGACUGUUUUGGCAGAAAAAAAGAACUCACAACAGUAGUAUAUGAGGUAGCACUCACAUGUUAUGGAGCUUAAACUAGCUCUAAGUAAGAUUGCUUGCAGCGGUAUAAUCCCCACUGAUGGAUAUAACUUAUGAGGCGAAUAUAUUGAUGUACAGGUAGAUAUAUGAAAGAAAAAGAAAAUAUCCAAUAGUGCUUACUGUAAACAAAUAUGUGAUGCAAUACAAGUGUUAAGUCGCUCAAAUAUCUGCACAUGGGUGUUAUAGUGGAUGGUAGUGGUGUUGGGGAGACAGGUUCAGGCACUGAGUGUAGCGGAGACAGGUUCAGGCACUGAGUGUAGCGGAGACAGGUUCAGGCACUGAGUGUAGCGGAGACAGGUUCAGGCACUGAGUGUAGCGGAGACAGGCUCAGGCACUGAGUGUAGCGGAGACAGGCUCAGGCACUGAGUGUAGCAGGAGACAGGCUCAGGCACUGAGUGUAGCGGAGACAGGCUCAGGCACUGAGUGUAGCGGAGACAGGCUCAGGCACUGAGUGUAGCGGAGACAGGCUCAGGCACUGAGUGUAGCGGAGACAGGCUCAGGCACUGAGUGUAGCGGAGACAGGCUCAGGCACUGAGUGUAGCGGAGACAGGCUCAGGCACUGAGUGUAGCGGAGACUGGCUCAGGCACUGAGUGUAGCGGAGACUGGCUCAGGCACUGAGUGUAGCGGAGACUGGCUCAGGCACUGAGCCAGUUGGGGGAUUCUAUCAUAAGUGGUGUGGAGCUGGACAAUAGUGGUCUUCCCAGAGCUACUGCUCACAGAGACAGGAGACUUAUUUGUAAUAUUAUUAAGUGAGCAAAGUAGGAAGGGGAAUUGGAUGUACUUGUUCAUCUAGGGAUAAAUGACUUGGUUUGCAAUGAGGUUUCAGAGGUAAAGGAAGUUUUUAGUGUUUUUGCCAAUGAUAUGCGGCAGGUUGCUUCCACAUUGUCAUUCCCCGAAGUUCUGCCUGUGCAUAACAUUCAGAACGACAGGCGGAUGCGUAUUACGGACUUUAACUUGUGGCUUAGUGAAUGGUGUUGGGAGCAAGGAUUUGGCUUCAUUUCUCAUGGUAGCUCUGUUUGUAAUGGAAAUAACCUGUACAAAAAAGAUGGUUUGCAUCUUUCUCAAAAGGGAACAAAUGUUCUCAGUGAGCAGUUCAGAGGUUUUGCUAGGAUGUAUUUAAACUCGGGGGGAGGGAGGGAGGGGAAGGGUGAUAAAAUAUCAAUCCAAUUGUCCCCCAAAACAAGGACAGAGGUUGCCUGUAGCAAGUGUGUUAAAAAUUGAUAAGCGUAGUCAUGUCUACAAAUGCUCGCCGUUUAGGGAAUAAGAUCCAUGAACUUGUGGCAAUAAUGGCAACUGAUAAUGUAGAUUUAGUCGCUGUUAAUGAGACAUGGUAUAAUGAGAAAAAUGACUGGGACAUAGCAAUACCAGGGUACUCUUUAUAUAGAAAAGAUAAGGAAGGCAAGAAUGGGGGGAGGGGUGGCACUGUAUGUGAAGGAUAGCAUAAAAUCUAGCCUAAUAAAAAUUAGUGAGGCGAACAUAGAGUCUGUUUGGGUUCCGUUAGAAUUUGGCAAUCACACAGUAACUCGUGUAGGUGUGAUUUAUAGGCCCCUAGGAUACAUAGAAGAGUUAGAUAAUCUACUAGUUGAGGAAAUAACUUCCCCCUUCAUUGUCAUUUUAGCUAUCACCAUGGGUGACUUUAAUCUUCCUGAUGUGAACUGGAAAACCAAAUUGGCUGCUUGUGCCAAGAGGACACAUAUUCUAAACUCCCUACUGGGAUUGUCUCUAAAACAAGUUGUUGAGGAACCAACUCGAAAAGAGGCCAUACUAGAUUUAGUGAUAACAAAUGGAGAUUUGGUAUCAGAUAUUACUGUAGGUGAAAGUUGAGGAUCCAGUGAUCAUCAGUCAGUGUGGUUUAAUAUAAGAACAGUGACCGAGUCACACCACACAAAAACAAAAGUUUUAGACUUAAGAAAAACAGACUUUUCUAAAAUUAGGAUAUGUGUAAAGGAGUCAUUAUCAGACUGGAGCAAUUUAAAUGGAGCCCAAGAGAAAUGGGAUUAUUUAAAAGUUGCACUAUUGAAGGCAACAGAAAAUUGCAUUAGGCUUGUCAGUAAAAGCAAAAAAUUCAAGAAACCACUGUGGUACUCCGCAGAUGUGGCCAAAAUAGUAAAAAACUAAAAGUUAGCAUUUAGUAAUUAUAAAAAAACCCAGAAUGAGGAAGACAGAAUGAUCUAUAAGAUUAGGCAGAAAAAGGCUAAGCAAGUUAUAAGAGCUUCCAAAUCUCACACAGAAGAGAAAAUCGCACAGUCAGUAAAAAAGGGGACGAAACAUUUUUUAGAUAUAUAAAUGAAAAAAAAAGAAAGUUGAACAAGGAUAGGUUAGAUUAAAACCAAAUCAAGGAAGGUAUGUAGAAGAGGAUAAAGGUUUAGCUGACUGCCUCAAUUAAUAUUUGUGUUCAGUAUUUACAGAUGAAAAUGAAGGAAAGGAAAUUAGUCAUUUGUUACAUGUUAGUUUACAGAGGAAGAGGUUCUAUUUCAACUGUCAAAAGUAAAGACAAAUAAGUCAAUGGGACCUGAUGGAAUACACCCAAAGCUAUUAAAAGAGCUCAGUGGUGUACUAGCAAAACCAUUAACAGAUUUAUUUAACCAAUCAUUGUUAACAGGAGUAGUCCCAGAAGAUUGGAAGUUAACGAAUGUUGUGGCCAUUCACAAGAAAGGUAAUAGGGAGGAGUCGAAGUAAUGGAAACCACGUUAAAGGAUAGGAUUGUAUUUUUAUUAGUGAUAUUGCAGAAGGUCUUGAUGGUAAGGUAUGUAUUUUUGCUGAUGAUACUAAGAUAUGUAACAGGAUUGAUGUUCCAGGAAGAAUAAGCCAAAUUGCAAAUUAUUUAGGUAAACUAGAAAAAUGGUCAGAGUUGUGGCAACUGACAUUUAAUGUGGAUAAGUGCAAGAUAAUGCAUCUUGGACGUAAAAACCCAAGGGCAGAGUACAGAAUAUUUGAUAGAGUCCUAAACUCAACAUAUGAGGAAAGGGAUUUAGGGGUGAUUAUUUCUGAUGACUUAAAGGUAGGCAGACAAUGUAAUAGAGCAGCAGGAAAUGCUAGCAGAAUGCUUGGUUGUAUAAGGAGAGGUAUUAGCAGUAGAAAGAGGGAAGUGCUCAUACCAUUGUACAGAACACUGGUGAGACCUCACUUGGAGUAUUGUACACAGUACUGGAGACCGUAUCUUCAGAAGGAUAUUAAUACCUUAGAGAGAGUUCAGAGAAGGGCUACUAAACUGGUUCAUGGAUUGCGGGAUAAAACUUACCAGGAAAGGUUAAAGGACCACUAUAGUGCCAGGAAAACAUACUCGUUUUCCUGACACUAUAGUGCCCUGAGGGUGCCCCCACCCUCAGGGUCCCCCUCCCGCCCAGCUCUGGAAAGGGGAAAGGGGUUUAAACUUACCUUUUUCCAGCGCUGGGCGGAGAGCUCUCCUCCUCCGAUCCUCCUUCUCUCCUCCCUGUCGGCUGAAUGCGCACACGCGGCAAGAGCUGCGCGCGCAUUCAGCCAGUCACAUAGGAAAGCAUUCAUAAUGCUUUCCUAUGGACGCUUGCGUGCUCUCACUGUGAAAAUCACAGUGAGAAGCACGCAAGCGCCUCUACUGGCUGUCAAUGAGACAGCCACUAGAGGAUUAGGGGGAAGGCUUAACCCAUUCAUAAACAUAGUUUCUCUGAAACUGCUAUGUUUAUGAAAAAAUGGGCUAACCCUAGCUGGACCUGGCACCCAGACCACUUCGUUAAGCUGAAGUGGUCUGGGUGCCUAGAGUGGUCCUUUAAAGGAUAUAACAUGUAUAGCUUGGAGGAAAGACGAGACAGGGGGGAUAUGAUAGAAACAUUUAAAUAUAUAAAGGGAAUCAACACAGUAAAGUAGGAGACUAUAUUUAAAAAAAGAAAAACUACCACAACAAGAGGACAUAGUCUUAAAUUAGAGGGACAAAGGUUUAAAAAUAAUAUCAGGAAGUAUUACUUUACUGAGAGGGUAGUGGAUGCAUGGAAUAGCCUUCCAGCUGAAGCGGUAGAGGUUAACACAGUAAAGGAGUUUAAGCAUGCGUGGGAUAGGCAUAAGGCUAUCCUAACUAUAAGAUAAGGCCAGGGACUAAUGAAAGUAUUUAGAAAAUUGGACAUACUAGAUGGGCCAAAUGGUUCUCAUCUGCCGUCACAUUCUAUGUUUCUAUAAUCCCUACCAGGGAUAUGUUGGUAAAUAGUUGUCCAGCAUUGAAGUUAGGUGUGCCAGGAACAAAUAAAAUUAAAAAUUGCAUACAAAAUGUAAUAAAUGGUCUAUCAUAACAAAGUGAAUUAAAACAAAUUAUAUGUUUUAAUGCUUAAAAGAAUGAAAAAAAUAAAUAAAUCCAAUAUUACACUUGAAAAAGCCUUUAUUGGUGAAACGCGUUCUGUAACAUUGUACCAUUUAUUCAUUUAUUUUUUCUGCCAACGCAGUCUGCAUUAUUAUUGGUCAUGUUGUGUCUCCCUAUAUAUAUUUGCAAGCAUCUUAACCAAGAACCAACAUUCCCCAAGAAUUCAGAAACAGCUAGGCGUUUGAUAUUUGGACUUUAAUUAUUUGGACAUUUUAAAAUAUUUUUAAUUAUAUUAUUUCUUUCGUUUUACACCUUUUGGCGCAGCCUUUUUUUUGUAUUUUAUGCUGUCAAUUUUUAGGGUUUGAAAGUAUCCCCUAUACCCAGUGUUUGCUGCUAGGCUAGUCAGUUGUUUCCUUAGCGCUUAUCCAUUUUUGUGUAUUCCUUUUGCAUUAUUUAAAGUGUGUGGAUGUUGUUGGGAGAGCCUGGUCCGUUGAGCUAUAUUUAAAUGUUUAUCAUUAUGGACUUAUCAACAACGGCUUUAAGUUUUAUCAUUGUCACAUGGUUCUUGUAGGGCAGAGUGUCCCUGACUUUGAGCGUAGUUCCGUAACAAAGGGUUAUUCUUCACAGAGGGAUGUUGCAGAAAUUGGAUUGGAUAGCUUUGUAUUUUUCAAACUUUAUAAAACCUCAUCACUAGACAUGGCUCACAGUGUUAUCAUCUGUCAGACCUUCUGUAGCUGGCCAACAUGCGUCACAGUACUGAUUCGUUAACAGAAGUGGACCUUGUUUUUUUAGUAGUGGUGAUUGAAAUUAGAUUUCUUCCCCGAAAGAUGCCUUUUUUUACAUAUUGAAACACUCUACAUCUCCAGUAACUAUUUAGACUUCCAUGAGAGGUUUACAAAACGUGUGUAAGAAGAUCCCAUAUGUAUUUGGUGAGACAUUCGAAUAUCAGGUUCUACUUGUUAUCAUUAGAAAAGUGCAGCUCUGCCAAAUUAAUAUUGUAUGAAUUAAAAUCCGUCUGUGUAAAUAGCACAAAGUUUUGUCUGUGUCACAGGACAUUUGUCCUGUUUGCCUUUAUCCUUCUGAAUAUCGCUUCUUUGUGAAUAAGUGCAAUUUUCCCUUUUAUUUUAGAAAGUUAAACAGACAAAAAACUCAAUGUUUUAUCAGUAGAAUUAACUGAAAUCAAACUCUAGAAUGCUGUAUUCAUAUGAAAGACCUGUGUCCGGUUCCAAGGGUUUUUAAAAUAGAUUUUUUUGCCUGUUGGCCGUUAAACUCAUUACACGAAGGACAUUUAUGGCACAAAGCCAGACAUGUUUCAGAGUCCUGUACCAGUAACAGCUAGCACGUUCCAUUCAGCCCAUUGGAAAGGCAAAGAAUGAUAUGUCUUAGAAACUGCUGUAUGUUUAUGUAGCCAUAUCAACCAGCGGUCAUUGGCAGCCUCCCUAUCAUGCAAGUCUCAACUGAUAGAUAUUGCUUGAAGCAAAGCGGCCUCUGUGUAGGUGUAUUAUACUUAUCCUUGCUGCAUGUGUGCGUUUCAGCGAUAUUUAGACAGUACUGCACCCCGUCCCUUAUCUAUGCUUGUGGUUGCAGUUUUUAAUUAAGGGGUGGGGAUAUAAGUUUAUUUACUGAACUUGAUUGCAAAUUUGAAACCAAAAUAGACUAUUUUCCCAGAUCAUCUGGCCAUGGUUUUUAAAUCUGCAAGGCAGGUGUGGAGAGCAUUUAUUUAUUCUUUUUAAGUUAUGAUUUGAAACAUACUAGAUUUGAUGUUAAGAAACAAAUUAUUCCCUUUGACCGUUAUACAUGUUUAAACGUAUUAACAACAAAUACUAUGCAUACCUUAUUUAACCAACAUGUUUUUUUUUUUUUCCUUUGUUUAAUACGUUCUAAACAUGGAGUGGACUGGAACUGUCAUCUGCAAAAAGGUGUGAAUGCCAAAAUCUACUGAUCUAGCUACAGGAAUAGAAUCUAGAUUGUGCUGGUGAAACAGCCGGCGUUCAUGAAUACAUAGCUAAUGGCCUCAUGAGAGGAAUUGUGGGAUAUGACUGCCUCUCUUAUGGGAGGAAAUGGGUGAGAGUUUAGUUGUCUCCUGUAAUAGUGGCACACACACUUAAUCAGCACCCGUCAAAUCAUCUGCUAUAAAAACAAGAUGGCUGUUCCAUUGCAAGUUAUUUUGUGUGUUCUGUUUGUAAAUAUUGGAAAACAAAUGCUGUCCGCGUAGUUAUAAAGGCAGUGCGGGAAGAGCCACAUUUUUUAUUAAAGAUGAUUACUCAGUGCUUCUUUUUAAGUGCCUUUUCGGUUAGCCCAGCUUCAUACCUAUUUAUUGAGUCAUUUGAUAAAUCAAUCUCUGAUUACAGUUUCUAUAAAGUCCUAUCUUCUUUCUUUUUUUUUCUUUUCUUUUUUUAAAUGCUGAAUUUUUUUUAAAGCCACCGCUUUUUUUUUUUACGUUUUAAAUUUCUUUGGUGUUUUUUAUUUGAACCGUAAGAAAAGUAAAGAUGGGAAUUAAAUAUAUGGGAUUCACAUUUACUCCCUUCACUUACCAGCAAUUUGCUUUGAAUACGUUAUAGAGUAAUGCCAUGUACUGUUUGUAUGGCGCAUCCACUAAAUUUGUGCUGUGGUUUCUGAUAGGAGCAUUUGAACGUGGGGUGAAGGAAGGGGGGAGGAUGGGGAGCGAAGUGGAAAUCCCCAGCUUCAAUUCACUUAAAAUAACUGCAGAAGGAGAGGCUGUUUGAAUUUGACGUCCUAUAAAUUGUCUUGUCAGUCUGUUAAAUGGCUUUCUGUUUUCAUUUUCUCUUUCUCUCCUUCGAUUAACCCCUUGAGGACACAUGACAUGUGACAUGUCAUGAUUCCCUUUUUAUUCCAGAAGUUUGGUCCUUAAGGGGUUAAAUUAAGCGCAGGGGUGUGACAGUAUGGCUUGUCAUCCAGCUCUUGAGGUAUUAUAUUUCCGUGUGAUCAAAGUUCACAGUGAUAAUUUCCAUACGUACUUUGGAGAUUAUGUGUUAAUAGCAGUUCCUGGGUAAACUAUGGUGUUUAUGAUCAAUCUGAAAAUAUGAUGCAAGUUGUGUUUCGCAAUUCUGUGUCAUUUUUGGCAAAUAGAUCAGUGUAGAAUAACAGGGAAAAUAUUGUGAUACAACAGUACUGUGAUGUUAAAGGGACACUCUAGUCACCUGAACAACUUUAGCUUAAUGAAGCAGUUUUGGUGUAUAGAACAUGCCCCUGCAGCCUCACUGCUCAAUCCUCUGCCAUUUAGGAGUUAAAUCCCUUUGUUUAUGAACCCUAGUCACACCUCCCUGCAUGUGACUUGCACAGCCUUCUAUAAACACUUCCUGUAAAGAGAGCUUCCUGUAAAUACAUAUAUAUAUAUAUAUAUGUAUGUAUGUUUAUAUGUAAUAAUAAAUAUGUAAAUACGUUAAAUAAAAUUAAAUUAAAAAAAUAAACAAUAUAUGAACAUGUGUAAUUUCGAUCUAACUGUAUUUUAAAAUUUAUAUAUCAAAAUACAUGUAGAACGAAAUAAUAUAUCUAUAUACAUAAGUAUAUACGUAUAUAUCAAUAUAUAUAAAUAAUUAAAAAAAGUUAUAUUUAUUUUUAUUCUCUCUCUCUUCCCUCUCUCUUCUCUUUUCUCUCUCUCUCUCUCUCUCUCUCUCUUUUCUCUCUCUCUCUCUCUCUCUCUCUCUCUCUCUCUCUCUCUCUCUUCUCUCUCUCUCUCUUCUCUCUCUCUCCUAGGUUGGUUAGGUUGGUUACGUUGCCUUUGAGACCAAGUGGCUACUAAAAAAUGACUGGACAUACCCCAUUUGCAAUACCUUGGGUUGUCUACUUUUGCAAAUGGUAUGCCAUCAUGGGGGUAAUUCUUAUUCCUGGGCUACCAUAUGGUCUCAAAGGCAAAUUUCAAUGUGAAAAAAAUGAAAAAUGUAACACGCUAUAUUUGACCCUGUAACUUCCCAAAACACCAUAAAACCUGUACAUAGGGGGUACUGUUUUACACGUGAGAUGUCGCCGAAUACAAAUAUGUGUAUUUUAUUGCAGAAAAAGCAAACUGUAUUUUUACAUUCACAGUUAAAAUGUCACGUAGAACUAAGAACAUUUUUAAAAAAAUCUUUUCUCCCAUUUUUUUUUUUUAAUAUUAUAUUCAUAUUAAAUUAUGUUCCAUACCUAAAUAUUUGAUGUUAAAUGAAAGCCCUGUUUCCCCUAAAUAAAAUUUUAUAUAAUAAGGGUGGGUGCAUUUAAUACGAAAGAGGUGAAUUACGGUUGGACAGACAUAUAGCGCAAAUUCCAGGUUUUGUUUACGUUUUGUUUUGAUCACAACAUGUACAUUUGGCUGCAGUCUUAAGGGGUUAAAGGACAGCUGUUAUAACAUUUUCACGUUUUGUUUUGUUUGUUUUUUUAAACUCUAGCCAUGUUGGGUGCUGUUAUCUGACCGUCUGCUGCUCAACCUGACAUUGCUAGGCAGUCAGAUUAAAAAAAACAAAAAAAAACAAAAAACGGAAUUUUCUCAAAAAAGAAUCAGUAUAUAUUAUUAAAAAUUAAAUGUUCAAAGGGACACUAUAGUCACCAGAACAACUACAGCUUAUUGUAUUUGAUCUGGCGAGUAUAAUUAUUCCUUUCAGGCUUUUUGCAGUAAACACUGUUUUUGCAGCACUGCCAUUCAGUAUAUCCACGCUCUGCAUUGAGACACUGAGCUUUCCUCGUAGAGAUGCAUCGAUUCAAUGCAUCUCUGUAAGGAGAUGCUGAUUGGCCAGGGCUGUGUUUGGCUUGUGCUUAUGCUGGCUCUGCCCCUGAUCUGCCUCCUUAACAAUCUCAGCCAAUUCAAUGGGAAAGCAUUGUGAUUGGCUGAGAGAAUCACUUCUGAUGAUGUCAGCCACGAAGGCAGAUCAGGAGCAGCGCCAGCAGCAGGCUGCAGUAAAGGUAAGACUUUUCUAUAUUCUGUUUGUGUUCCUGACCCUAUAGUCUACCUUUUAAGUUUUAUUUAAUGUUAGUAACUCAUAAUGUAAAUUCAAGAAGUGAACACUGGUGACUUUUGUCCCUUUAACAUACCGGCAGCACAGCAGCUGAGUUUACUUUGGCUACAACGUUUGGUCAGUUGUGCAUAGUAUAAGAUAAGUAACUAUUCUCAAGUAGCCUCCAGUGACAUGCUACAGGUAGAUAUUAACUGUCCUUUCAGUAAAUUUAUAGGGGCUCUAAGCAACAUAAUAUGAUGGCUUAAUGAUCACCUCCUCCUUGGCAGCAUUGAUAUUUGAUUUUACACUUCCAUAUUAGCAAUCUCAACUUAAUACAAACAGCACUGAUUGCCUAAGCGUAUUGUAAGCCCAUCACGCCUAUAUUGAAUUUAAAUUGCACAUUAACAAUGUGCUGUGGAGUGGGGCAUGUUUUGGGUGCCAUAGAGAGCCCAUAUUUUGUUAGAUCGCGUCUAAAUACAGUUACAUAUAACCAGAGGACAACACCUGGAGACUCUAGGCAACAUACCCACUACACUGAGCUGUAACCAUGCACAGAACGUUGGUGGUUAUACUGCGUCGAGUAUUCGUUUUAACAAGUAAUAAACUGAUCUUUGUUUAUAGAUACAAAGCCAGACCUAGAAAUCUUUAACAAAAUAUGUAGUCUAUAAAAAUGUCAGUUCCUCAUUCCAACAAAUGCAACUAGCGUGAUAAGUACAGUUUAUGUAAGUCAAAAGCACACUUUUUCCAUGGCCAGGGUGAUGUCCUUGUCCUGUGAUACUCUGGGAGUGCUCAUUCAUCUGCAGAGAAAUGCCAUAUUAGAGCAUUAUUAUUAUUAAAGCACCCACAAAUUCAUCAGUGCUGUACAAUGGGUGGACUAACAAAGGUCUCGACAAAUUCCAGGGUGCCAUGGUAACUAAGAAUUUUGCCCUGGCGUCUGGGAUUUGUCAGCCCCGUUCUCCCCUCUUCCUGUCUUUAGAAUAGUGAGCGCCGGGAGGAAGCGAACUGUAAUUACUUCCUCCCCGCGCUGAGGUCUCGCAGAUGAAUGACAAGCUGGCAGGGCACCACGUGUCUCUGCACGCCCAUUCCGGAGAGCCACCCGCCUACUUGUGCACUUGCCCAUUCUGGAGAGCCGCCCGCCUACUUGUGCAUUUGUCCAUUCUGCCGAGCCACCCGCCCACUUAUUCGCCUGCGCUGGUUCAGCAUGGGGGGGGAGAGGGAGUAGUUCAGAUCCCUUGACUUCCUCCCGGUACUCAGACAGUUGCAUGGGGAUACAGAGUCAUGUGGAGUAGUCUAGACUAGUGGUCUCCAAUCCAGUCCUCAUGGACCACCAAACAGUCCAGGUUUUAUGUAUUUCCCUGCUUUAUUCCAAUGGAGAUACUGACAAAACCUGGACUGUUGGUGGUGCAUAUGGACUGGGUUGGAGACCACUGGUCUAGACUACCCGCAACCAACUCCAUCAGCCGCAUCCAGCCAAACUGUAACCUGCUACUGCCCAGUCCACCAGAAAAGCCACCUUCCUGCGCUCUCAAGUUGGGGAAACAGGAGGGUGGUUAAAAGAUGUAUUUAUUUUUUGUGUAUAUAUCUGUAUAUGUAUUUGUCUGUGUGUGUCUGUGUCUAUUUGAGUGUAUCAAAUAAUAAUAAAAAAAAUACUUUGUUAGUGUGUGUAAAAAUGUUUGUCUGAGGGUGUGAGAGAAUGUCUGUCAGUGAGUGUGUGUGUCUAUCUGUGUAUGUGUGUAUCUGUCUGUCAGUGAAUGUGUAUGUUUAGGUCACUAGCUCCCCUCCGAUCACAUGGGAAUGGUGUUUUUACUUACCUCUUUUCCCAACAAUGUAUCUGUCUUGCUGUAGCUGUCAUACCUCCAUAGCUGAGAUUAUCAAUCUUGAUGAUCUCAGCCAGUUCAACGCUUUCCUACAGGAAAACAUUGGGUAGCUAUUGAGCAUGUACGGCAAAAUGCUGCAGCAACCAGCAUCUCCUGAUAGAGAUGUAUUAAAUCAAUGCAUCUCUAUAGGACACGUUCAGCGCCUCCAUGCAGUGUGUGGAGACGCUGAAUAAUAUUGCUGCACGUUGUGCAGCACCGAGGUAGGACACACUUUAGUGUUACUAGGCGGCAAUGUAAACACUGCCUUUUCUCUGAAAAGGCGUUUUUACAUUGUAAAACCUGCAUGAACAGACUUUAGACACCACAUUAAGCUUUAGACACCACAUUAAGCUUUGGACACUACAUUAAGCUACAGUGGUCCUGAUGACCGUAGUGUCCCUUCAAGAAUUGUAUUUUUGUUGUUUAAAAAAAAAAAAAGUACUUUUUUUGGUUGGCUCCUAGAUUUAAAUCAAAUUAGUCAAGCCCCGGACUAACAGACACGAUUGUAACCAAACAAAUUGGACACACAGGAAACUAGGGGUUUAGGGCCCUGCUCAAUGAGCUUACAUGCUAGGGGGAGUGGGGCGUAGGGUAAAAAAAAGUAGGUUGGUAGAAUAGUAUACACUGAGGGCUUAGUGUUUUGUUUUUUUGAUAGUUGCCAGAGAGGAAUCAGGGUGCAGGGAGAAAAAGCUGUUAACAGUUUAAUUGAUACACUUUCCUGAAACAGUGGGUUUUCAAUCAUUUAUUUUGAAGGAAAGGAGUCUGGGUGGGAGUCUAACGGAGAAGGGCAGGGAGUUCCAUAGGAACAGUGCAGCCCUAGAAUAGUCUUAAAGGACAGCAUCAGAGGUGCAAGUACGGACAUAGGUCUUUGGCAGAGUGUAGGGGCCUAGAUGGGAAAUAUUUGUGUAUUGGUGAGGAUAGGUAGGUUGGAGCAGCUUUAUGUAGAGUUAUGUAAGCAAGUACAAGGAUCUUGAAUUGAGCUCUAUAUCUCACGGGAAGCCAAUGUAGAGACUGACAGAGGGGGGAAGAGUGAGAGGUGCGGGCGGGCAGGAAGAUGAGCAUUCUUCCAAAGUGCUGUGCACACAUGUGGCACCGUGGAUUCAAUUAAUUUGCAUGGGAUUCUCUAGCUGUGACAGGACAUCCAGGCAUAGAAAAUGGUGAAGAAUAAAAAAGGGGGGGCUACCCAAACCAGUCCAGGUUUGUCAGUAUCUCCAUUGGAAUAAAAUACGGGGAAUACAUAAAUCCUGGAUUGUUUGGGAAGCGUUGACUUACAAGAUGACAGGCUAACACGUGGUUGGCCACUCCAGACACGCACCAAUAAUCCAGAGGUUUUCCCAACAAGCUUUCCUUGACCGGUUCACUUUGAGUUUAUUCGCAUCAAUGAAUACGUGGAGCUAAUCGAUGUUCUCGUACCUUUUUUUUUUUUUCUGGCCAUCCUAUAGGCCAUGGGCACCUUAUCCACUUUUACAGAUAAUUUUGAUUUGGGAAGUCUCUGUUUAAAUACUAAUGCCCUAUGUGGCGUAGAAUGAAGUUUUCUAUUAAUCGGUAAGAGUUCUCUCCUUUUUAGUUCUGCUCUGAUAUGGCAAUCUCCUCCCUUUCUUACCUCCUUCUACCCUUGAUUUUUGGUUUGUUUUGGCUAUAGGUUCUAUCUUGUUUCAGGUACCGUUUAUAACUGCUGUUCUUGCUCUCUGUUAUUGUUUUUGUACAUCGGACAGGAUGCUUACGUGAUACUUAAAGUACUUAAAAUGUAUUCAUGUAAAAAAUUGCGUAAUCCAUGAGUUGUAGUUGGGUAUCCGGUUGUGCAAUAUGUAUAGUAGUGAGUGAACAAACAUCUUGGUUUAUAGCAGACCGUAGCUGAGGACACUUUGUUUACAUGAGAUGUUUUAUUUCAUUGUGUGAUAACAUGUAUUUAUUUAAUGAUAAUGUGUAGCUAGUAAGGUGCUAUCAGCACUGUAAUUACACAGAUGUUAUGGCAGGGGUACAGUUAGGGAUGUCAAAUUCACCAUAGCCUUGAUCCCUUCUAUUAUUGAUAUUGAUGGGCAGUGCAAGAAAAGUGCUUCUCUUCAGUAUGUAGAAUCAAUAUUCUGCUGAAAUACUACCCCAUAUCAAUUCUCUGUACUGCAGGAUAUCCAUUUUGAAAGAGGUGCCUGUCAAUGUAACAAAGUACCAUAAUUUGCCUUUAGGGAACAAUUGUGGAUAGGGCAACUCUAGGUGCAAUUCAUAUGUAUAUGGUUGGAUAAGAGACCCCUGCACCACAGAGCUUACAAACUUAGUCUGAAUGGGAAUUCUGGUAGGAUGCAAUAACAGGAUUAACAUGGAUCAUUACAGGGAAUAUAAUGGUACUGCUAGAAAGGAAAGAGCCUUAUUUUUGUAUAUGUAGCCCAACACUAAAGCCACCCAAACCAGUUCAUCUGAAUGCAGUGCUCAUUUAGUUUUAGCACUGAAAUGUAAAGCAGGGCUGUUUAGUAGAUGAUGCAUUGUUUACAUUACAGGGUUAAAGGAAGACUAUGUCACUAUACACUAUAGGUCUCCCUUUUGUACCCUGUUUAAAAAGUGAUUUACUCUCCUUGUUCCAGUGCCCCGGGGGACUCCUCAUGGCUAGCUCCUCCCACCGCUCUACUCCCUUGGCUGAGAGCAUCAAGAUUGAUGAUCUCAGCCAAUCCAGUGCUUUCCCAUAGGAAAGCAUUAGGGGGCCCCUUGGUCUCACAGUUCCUAAAACAUGUAAUGUUGUUGCCUCAUAUUUUGGUAUUUCUUAUGGUGCUCAUUUGAUCUCGAACAGGGAUACUAUAGUAAGCAGUUUUGGUGUAUAGAUCAAGCCCCUGCAAUGUCACUGCUCAAUUCUCUACCAUUUAGUUAAAUCACUUUUGUUUCUGUUUAUGCAGCCCUAGUCAAACCUCUACUGGCUGUGACUCACACAGCCUGCAUGGAAAAAAUUGUUUCAUUUUCAAUCCGAUAUUAAUUUACUAUAGACAUUUUUAUCUCCUAUUAUAUAAAUUGAACUUUAAUCACACACAAGGCUUCUGCAUGCUCUAGAAGGCUAUUAACAGAGCAGGAGAUAAGAAAUUCUAAAUAAAGCAAAAUUUGCAAUAAAGGAAGCCUAAACAUUAGAUUACUUUUUACAGGAAGUGUUCAGGAGGGCUGUGAAAAUCACACGCAGGGGGUUGUGACUAGGGCUGUCCUGUAAUCACAUGAACUAUUUUAUCUUUAGUGAUUUUAUGUUUAUCAAAUCUUCAUAGCAAUUUAAAAAAGUUAAUUGGCUAUCCCUGCUUUGCAGCGUGACUGAUAGCAGAGGUCAGCCAACAAGCAAUUUAGACAUAGAGCAUUGUGAGGAGGAGAAUGGCCUAAGAUCUACAACAUCUGAUUGUGCCUUCGGAGGGGGUGUGUAGCCCUUUCUUUACUUAAAUAGUAAUUAAACAUGCAGAUUUGGGAAAGCAAACUUUAAACCAGUGUAUUGCUUAACUGCAUAGAGACUUGUACUUAGCUAAUAGUGUAACAGAGCUGCUUCUAAUAAAUGCAGUUGGUUCUAGAAUGUGGCCUCUGGACAAUUUGCUGUUAUUUUCCCACCGGUAGAAGGCGUUACAAUUCAUAAUUGUAUCCCCAUUCCCAGUUGAUUCUAGACUGUGGGCUGCUUAGAAAUCAUGGAAACCGUUUGGGAUGCUUCAUUUAAUAAGCUUCAAUCUUCUAGUUGUCAGCAGCUCACCAAUCAGCAUAAAAGCUUACAUUACAAUCCGUUGUCAGUAAUCAAUAUAUAAUGAUUACUGAUAUCACCCAAAUGUUUAUGAAAGUCUUCACAAUCCAAAUUUCAAGAACCUUUACUUUUCUGCAGGUAACGAUACUGAAUUAAGUAAACGUUUGUGGCUGUUUCUUUAAUUCAAAUUUUUAUUUUCUUAAUUGAGAUUAAAGUAUAUUUCCAGCAUACAGCAGAGUAAGGGUGGUACAGAAUAAAUGUAGGAAACUAAACUGGCACAGAUAGAAUUUUUUACAGUAAAAUAAAAGGGUAAUAAAGUAACGUAAAAGAAUACUAUUCGGUCCGGAACACAAACAUAUUCCUGACCCUACAGUGUUAAAACCACUUUCUAGCCCCCUGGCCUCCCUCUCGUCCCCCUAUAUAAUAGCUCAGUAUGGCGAUUUGUUAAAGGACCCCACCCUCAGGGUCCCACUCCCGUGGUGCUGAAGGGGGAGGAAGUGGUUAAUCCCUUACCCUUUUUCCAGCGUCGGGCUCCCACGGCGCUGGGGACUCUCCUCACUCUUCUGACAUCCCAGGCUGAAUGCGCAUGCGCGGCAAGAGCUGCACGCGCAUUCAGUCAGUCAAUAGGAAAGCAUUUUCAAUGCUUUCCUAUUGAUGCUGGCGUCUUCUCACUGUGAAAAUCACAGUGAGAAUCGCCUCUAGCGGCUGUCAAUGAGACAGCCACUAGAGGCUGCAUUAACCCUAAAGUAAACCAAGCAGUUUCUCUGAAACUGCUUUAUUUACAGCAAAAAGGGUUAAUCCUUGAUGGACCUGGCACCCAGACCACUUCAUUAAGCUGAAGUGGUCUGGGUGCCUAUAGUGGUCCUUUAAUCACACGUCCUGCUGGAUAGGCUGCUAUUGCAAGUUUAACACAAAACCCCCCCCACAAAUAUUGUGGGUUUUUUCACUACACAUAUCGAUGGUUGCAGACAGCCAUGUGCAUUGAUGGUGCUAAUAGGUGAUGUGUGUAAUGUAGUGUGUGCAUGUUUUUAAGGUGUUCAAAUGGACCUUCCAGUUACUGUACAUAUAAUUGUGAAAAUAGACUAGUACUCACUGCAGCUUUUAAAAGAGUGCCCCAUGGCCUCUGAUGCCAUCCAAUUACCAACCAAAAAUCCAAAUGAAAAAACAAAAAUGGUCCAGUACUUAUAAAACCCCCUUUCAUGGGUAUUCACAGCGGCAACCUUCAUUGCAGUCCUGACACCACUGCAUGCCAUAGGUAUGCACUCGACUGCUGGUGAAAAUGACCAGAAAAUGUAUAGAUUAGAUUCUUACCCAGACUUGUAUAUGCAAGAUUGCUUGCCUCCAGGAUGACGGUCCAAUCCAAUGCUUUUCAUAGAGGACUAUUGGGGACCAUGGGCACAUCUGCCAAAAUUCUGCCAUAGGGAAUCAUUUCAUGAAAUGUUUCUCUGUGACAGACCGUGAUGGCACUGCGCUUGCUCACAUGACUUUACGGUAUAGACUGUAAGCUCGUUUGAGCAGGGUCCUCUUCAACCUAUCGUUCCUGUGUAUUUUCUUGUAAUUGUCCUAUUUAUAGUUAAAUCCCCGCUCUCAUAAUAUUGUAAAGCGCUACGGGAUCUGUUGGCGCAAUAUAAAUGAUAAUAUACUAGGGUAUGAGAACUUCGAAGUAACAGUCCUGUCUUGAAGCCACACUUCAAAGUUUUCUAAUUAUUAAAAUCAAGUCAUUUGGGGCCACUAAGGAGGGAGGGAACUGCUUUAGAUGAAUUUAUUAUAGUACAGUGUUCAUUUAAGCGAUUUUUAGUACCCGUUGGAUCCAUAGAAUCCCUCCCUUUAUUUUGACUUGUCCCCUGUAUACAGGAAACACAGAUGGAAGGCUAUACGAUUGUUAUUCAAUCCCCAGAGAGUCUGGGCUUGGAAGCAAUGCUUCCCUUUGAAUUCCUGUCCUUCAGAUAGCUCAAUGUUUUCAUUUUCUUUAUCCCGGGAUUACAGAAAUCCCCCUGCACUGUGUCUCUCAGACAGAAAGUGGAAGUAAUAUUUAGAGAAAGGAAUCUGUAUUACAAAGAGCACAGCAAUGUUGGGGGUUGCCCAGUGAGCCUUUCACAUACACGCCUGUUACUGUGAACUACACUAACCAUUAUGCUCAGCAAAUCAAAUUGCCUCUGGUGUGCCAAAAAUGCCCCAUUAGCUUUAGCCUGGCAAUCUGCACCUUAGCAACUGUCCAUUAAUUAAGAGAAUAUUAAUUAAUCCGUUAACAAGCCACAGGAUCCGUAGCUCAGCUAUUCGAUACGGAGGGUUCCGUAGUAAAGUCGUUGUUGUAGUUCACAAAUAGUGUUGUGAUUAUUGCUGCAGUCAGUGGGAUAAUCCUGCUGAUUUCUCCUGCUUUUAGCAUUUUUUAUCUUCUUUUUUUAUUCACUCUGUGGGGCUCUGUAUAAGGAUAAAUCUUGGAGCAAAACAGUUUGUACAAACAGCAUGGUAUGUAGAAAUUGGAGAAUCUGGAAAAACUAAAAAUAUAUAUAAAUAGGAAUAUCUAAACAAUUCCAUCUAUAUAAAUAUUUUCUAACAUUACACCUUUAGAAAUGUUUUGAAAUAUUUAUUUUGUUAGUUUUGUUUUUUUUUGUCCUUUUUUUGUAUUUUAUAUAUUAUUAUUUUGUAGAUUGAUAGAAAUAGGUGUUAAAAUCACAUACUAAAGGGACAAUAUUGGCAACCAGACCACUGCAGCUCAUUGAAGUGGUCUGGGUGCUGUGUCCCUAUUGCACUUAACAAUGCAAUGUUAAGUGCAAUAGGGACACUGCACCCAGACCCAGAGGAAUUGCAAUGUUUACACAGCCGCUGGGGGCGCUUCCUGGAUCGAAACUGACUUUUAAUCCGGUAUCUGUCACUGGACGUCCUCACGCUCUUCAUGCAGCAUCAGCUAUGACCUACUCUCCUCCUGCCCACGUCAGCGCCGAAUGCACAUGCGCGGCAAGAGCAUUACUCAAUGCUUUCCUAAAGACAUCAGCGUCUGAGAAUCGCGGAAGCGCCUCUAGCGGCUAUCAGGAAGACAGCCACUAGAGGCUGGAUUAAACCUAAUGUAAACAUUAUGUUUACAGCUGCAGGGUUAAACCUAGAGGGACCUGGCACCCAGACCACUUCAUUGAGCUGAAGUGGUCUGGGUGCUUAUAGUGGUCCUUUAAUGUUUUCUUCCAACUUUGCUCUUUUGGCCCAAUUUUUGUAAGUUGGGUAUCUUUUUAUUGGAUAACACCCUGUACUGCAUUUUCUAUAGCGUUCGUUACAAGCACACAGAUCCUGCCUGUGAGCAGAGCUGGUGGUUAGGUCUUGUUUCUGGCAGGUAACUAUUGACUGAUGCCUGACUGCCUGUUGUAUUUCUUUAUUUGAUCCAUCAGUAAUAGCGAUCUUGCAGCUGGCAUUGAGUAACGUACACCCGCCGUUCCAUAUAUGUACAGAGCCUCUAUGUGUAUAAAGUAAAUAAUUUGAGUAUUUGUAGAGCCCUGCCUACCUCCUUCCUUCCUCUCCCAUAUUUAGUUUAGCACUUACAUUGGAAGUUCUGUUUGUCACUCAGGAUAAGGCAAUAGGUUAUUCACAUUUCCUUGAUUUUAGCUGGGGUUGACAUAACUUACUAACAUGCAUGUCAACCAGACUCACUGUGCUUAUUAGUCUUUAGUUCUCUCUUGUUAUAGCUGGGGCACCUGUAACCUGCAAGAGAACCAACAUGGGCUUUGUCAGAAUGUUCCGAAAUAUUAGGAAACUAAAACGGCAAAUUAUAAAAAAAUCUAGUUCCAGAGACUCCACACUGUUGCUUAAGGCAAUAACACUUAUCUUUGUGUUUGAUUUUUCCCUUAAAAUGAAUCUUUAUACAAUACGGCAUGCUGUAGUGAUUAUGGUGCCUGGUACCCCCCAAAUGUGGAGCUGGCUGGGUACUGCUUUCCACCUUCACUACUUACUACAUGGAGCUGGAAGCUCCCAUUAGCUCUCCCGAGCUAAGCCCUGCAGUGCAGAGUUAGCUCAUUCAAUAAGAGCAUCAGCUGAUCUCUCUCAGCCAAUGAGCUUCUCUUGCUUUUUGUUUGAAGUAGUGGAGACAGGGAACAACACCUGACAGACCCCAGGUCAAAAGUCGAAUAGUUCUAGAACCGUUCAACUUCUUUCUGAGGGGUGGGGUCACUUCUGGCACCACAAUCACUGCAGUGUUCUGUAGUGAUUAUGGGGCUUGGAGUAUUCCUUUUUUUACCUCUGUUUCAGCAUGUAUUAGUGAAUUGUCAGAUGCUGCCUUCAUUACCAUCUCUGCUGGAUUGCCAGUCCAUGUCCUCACUGCAGGCGCUGUAAUGCGUUUCCCCGCCCCUGUCAUUUUUGCUUCAUACUAUGUCACGGCCAAAUCAAAAUACACUUGACGUUCUUCAACUGGAGUUCUAAACAAUAUUCCUAACCAAAGUAAUGUUAUUCUAAAUACCUAUUCCUAAUGUUGGCUGUAAAUACUAUAUGAAGAGAAGAUCCUCAUGCCUGUCUUUGUAGGAGAUAUAGACUAGAGCGUAACUGUAAAACCUCUCAUAGCAAUGUGUGUUUAAAUGUCAGUAAAUUUCUUCUUUGUAUUUAUAAAAUGCUCUUGUCCUUGAAGCAGCUCUGUCAUGGCACCGUGGCUUUUCAUUGUAUCAUAAAGGUAAAAUCUUCACGAAAAGCUGAUAUUGAUUGUCUUGGAAGCGAGGGAUAUUUAAAACAACGUAGGCAUUACUUCGUUCUAUAGUAAAGCUUGCUGUUGGCAAAAGCCAGAGUUACUAACAUCACCUUUUUUGAUCAAUUCACACAACGUUGCGGGCUACUUCUUGCAAAUAGUGUACAUAUAUAUAUGUGUGAAUAGGUUGGCGCAAAACGUAAGAUUCAUUUUAAAAGAUGCAGCAACCAACAAAACAAAUCUUGGUAAUAGGAUUAAACAGAACAAACACAUAAAAGUGCUGGUGGGCAGUGUCUUAUAAUCACUCUCUGUCAAUAUCUUUAUAUAUAGAAGGCGUUAUUCAAAAUAACCUAUAAUGCAGUUAGCACACGUGUAUCAAACCAAAGUGUAAUCUCAUUAGAGUAUCUAAGAGGGAAACAAAAAGAGAGAACUCCUCGUGCAAUACAGUACAAAAAUUGUAUAUCGGGAGGGGGGGCACUGCAGGGUUCUAUAGUAACAGGAAACCGGCUUUGUUUUCCUGGCACUAUAGAAUCCCUUUAAUAGCGUUCUAGACCUUGCAAGAGCCUCCUGUAAUUAAAGUUCAAUUUACAGAGCAGGAGACUUAAACAAAAAAAAAAAACACUUACAUCUGAUUGAAAGUGAAACCAAGUUUAUUUUUCAUUCAGGCAGUGUCAGUCACAGCCAGAGGAGGUGUGGCUAGGGCUGCAUGAACAGAAACAAAAGAGAUUUAACUCCUAAAUGGCAGAGAAUUGAGCUGUGACGCUGCAGGGGCAUGAACUAUACACAAAAACUACUUCAUUAAGAUAAAAUUGUUUUGGUGACUUGAAUGUCCCUUUAAUUCACACAAAGCGUGGAUGUCAGCUUUGGGGAUCUUUAAGAAAAUAUGCAAAGACACUCAUAGUUGACAGAGCCGCCGUAUGCUGAAUUACCAACCGGGUUAUUCACCAACAUGAGAGUGCUGAUAUAAGGUCAAGGUAGCCAAACUGGAAAAAAACCUAAUGCAGGUAUGAUUUCAGUUCUCCUACUCUGGCCUUAAAUUUGAAAGUCACAUGGAAUUCUCACAUUGGUAAAUAACUGAUAAUCUCCGUCAGAUUGUGCAUAGUCUUAAAGAGUUACUCUAAUAACCUUGACCUCAUUGAUUUUAAGUGGUCAUGGUGCCUGUAGUUUGUUUGUGCAGCGUUUUGUUAUUAAAUGCUGCACAUACCAAAUCUAACUCCUCCGAAUACAUCAUCGGAGUGUCAUUAGUCAGGCCGGAACAAGAGUUUCGAAAUGGCUAAUAUCAAUUCAAUGUAUAUUGGACAUCUGUUGUCAGUGUGCACCGCGUUCCCGCGACAGGUGUCCAAUGGUGGUACUGAGACACUAUAGGCACCCAGACCACUUAAGCUCAUCCCAGUGUCACAGUCCCCCUUAGUCCUGCAAUGUAUAUCAUUGCAAUUUUAGAGAAACUGCAAUGAUUACUUUGCAGGACCAAGACUGCCUCCAGCGUCCAUAAAAUCCCCAUAAGAAAGCAGUGGAGCAAUUCUUUCCUAUUGGGAGGGCCUAAUGUGCUUGCCGCGCAUGUGCAUUAUGCCUCCCUACAUAUCGGAUGAUGUCAGAGAAGGCGGAGCAUCAACCAGCGACAAGGGAGAUCGGCACUGGAAUCGGGUGAGUAAACGUUUUUUUUUUAACUCUUCUAAUGCGUGGGGGUGGGGGCCAAAGGGCAGCUUUGUUUUCCUUAUUCUAGAGAAUCCCUUUAAUUAAUAACCUGUGCUUCUGACUAAAGAUGGCUGACCCCAUGAAGCAAGGCUAAAUCAGGAGACGCACCAAAAAGAAUUAUUAACUUUUAUUUAUAAAGUAUUUUACCAGGAAAGAUACAUUGAGAUUUCUCUUGUUUUCAAGUAUGUCCUGGGUCCACAAAACAUUGCAUUGAUACAAUAGGGUACAAUAAAAUACAAAAACAAUAUUAAUACACAAUAGAUACAAAAUUUAACAUAGAACAGGUAGAAAAUAUAUUAUCAACCAUGACAGGUGAAUUCUGUUUUGAGGUAUGUAGAGAGGGAUCUCUUAAAGGACUUCAGGCUUGGGGAAGAUUGGAAAGUGUGCGGGCGGUCGUUCCAUAAUUACAGUGCUCUGUAGGAGAAGGAGGAUCGGGCUGCUUUCUUUUUGUAUAGAGGUAGACUAAAUAAAGUGUUGGUACUGGAUCGGAGGUUAUAGGAGAUGGGAACAGCUGGGGGGAGCAUUCUGCUCAGGUAGGGUGGGAGCUUCCCAGAAAAGCUCUUAAACACAAGGCUGGAAAGAUGAAGGGUGCGUCUGGUUUCCAGCGACAGCCAGUUUAGUUCUUUUAGCAUGUCACAAUGGUGGGUCCUGUAAUUACAUUGUAGCACAAGUCGGCAGAACGAGUUAUACAAUGUGUUGAGUGGUAUAAGGGAGCUUUGCGGUGCAGGUGCAUAUACUACAUCCCCAUAAUCAAUGAUUGGCAUCAGCAUUUGCUGUACAAUCUUUUCUUGUACUGAAGGGCUUAGGCAGGAUUUGUUUCUGUACAUGGCACCUAGUUUUGGAAUUCCUGUUGUAGAACAGAGCAUUUUCUAUAUGGAGGCAAAAAGAUAGAUUGGGGUCUAACAACAUACCCAAGUAUUUGAAAGAGUGGACUGCGGUCAGUUGAAAGAAUGGACUGUGGCUAGUUUAUUACAAAUAAGUUACUACUUCCCUUUACUGCUACAUGUAUUCUCCUACUUUAAGUAGUAAUACAAAGUGAUAACAGUUUCCCUUUAAGUGCUCUCAGUACAUGGUAUAAAAGUGCUCUGAGAUAGUACAGAGGAAAUCUCUGAAGUCAGGCCCUCUUUAUGUUUCCUAAUGAUUCAGAACUUGUGCAGCUUACAAUCACUUUCUGUUAUCAGACCUGGGAGGGGGGAUGCUACCAGUGCCAGCAGCUGGUAUUGGGCAGUAUAGAGAAUUCCAAUGUCCCGACUGGUUUUAGUUCAUUUUACACAAUUUAGCUUGUCUUGUGCUUCACAUACCUACUAAAUGAAUUCAAUAAACUUUUUUCUUGGAAUUGGUAUAAGCAUAGCACCCAUGGGUGGAGAAGGAUCCAUUGACACAGCAAAAUUAACAGGGUUUUUGUGUGCCUCCAGGGAUUAUUUAGAUGCAUUCCUCUCAACAGCCCCAGAUCUGACAGGGCAGUCCUGAUAUGGGCCUCAUGUUCCAUCAUUCUAUAUUUUAAAUAAUUAUUUUCUCUUAUGCAUCGAUUCUGGGAACACCAGAGGAAAGUUUCCAUGACAACAGAAGUGUCAGUGUGUUGAUACAAGCAACUGCUCAGCGCAAGGCCAUUGCUUGGCGUUUCAGUCCAUGCAAGGGAGCUUUCACGGCGCCCUGCGUAUUGCUAGCCCAAGUUGGCCAUGUAGAUUGACUGCUAAUCAAGACAGCGGGCAUGUAUCAAGCCCCCUUCAAUGCCACUGAUUCACGCCAUAUGUCCCUCGUUCAUAAUCUUGAGCGUUCUGCAGAUAAUGAAGAUGAGCAGGAGGCUCGAUAUGUUAGCAUUAAACAGAAACAGAAGUGAUUAUUCACACGCAGUCACUCCUCCUUUCCUGCUAUUUGUCAAAUAUGCUAUUCAAUAACACUCACUCUAAAAUGUCCUUGGCCUAAUAUAAGUUACAAUUCCACAGAUAAUUGAAAGCCCUUUUCUAAAUAAAAAUCCCAUUUUGCAAUCUAAACAAAGGAUGAAACACAAUACUUAAAUUCUUAUUAUUAUUAUUAUCAUUAUGAUAUGAGUUACAUGUUUAUAUUUUUUUUGGUUUGGUUUGUUUUGUUUUUUGUUUUUUUUGCUCUUGGGGGACACGGUUUACCUUUACGCAUCACUUCCUGUUCAUAGCUUGACGGUGCAGAGGGAAAUGCCUUCCCCAUAGAAUGGAGAACAUGACUUCUACAUCUCAAUUAUCACUAUGUGGAAACUGUAAAGUAUAUAUUUUGUGAGUGUUACAAAAUGCUCUGUACUACAACAGGAAUUUGCAUUCUGUUGUCUUAUCACCUCCCCGCUAUUUGUUAUGGGAUUUGUGGUGUCCUGGGUACUUUGCGUUAUUCUUCAUAAUUUCUUACCAGCUAUGUCUCUGAUCUACAAACCCUGAAGGUUACUCCCAUACGUUGCUUGCAGUUCCAAGCAAAGUAGUGGACGUGUUUGUUAACGAACAAAGCAGCCAGUAAUCCUUGCUUCCUGCAGGGUGCCAUUUCUUAUUUAAUUUCCACAGAAACCCAGAAUAAAUUAGUUCCCCUAACUCAAGAUCCUUAACUCUUUCAGUGUAUUCCAGAAGCACAGAUAUAAAUAAUAUGAUGCAGUCCUAGUCUAUCUGUAGCGUAUUAAGUAAUGUUUUCACACCACGUACAUGUAAUCUGCAUUAAAAUAAAUAGUGACUCCAUGUAGACAAAUUUCAGAUCAUUUGCAUACGUGGGUGAGCUCCAAAUGUUACCAAAGAUAGUAAAUAGUUAUAUACGUUUUCGAAUGUCAUUUAGCAGGCGAGGCCUAAAAGAGCAACAUGCGAUACCAUUUAAUGUUUGUCAUCAGCACAUGUUUAGUCACUUUGCCUUCUGGAUAUAUGUUGCUCUUAAUGUCAAAGCAUUUUUAUAAUAGUUUGCACAUCCACAAGGCCAGGUCACCAUGCUGACACAGAAAUGCAUCCUGGGAACAAACAUUUGGACUCCUUGCCCAUCAAAGGCAGUAACAAAACAAUCUUCCUUGACUGGACCUAUAGGCUACCUGGGAGCAGGCUGUCUCUGCAAGCUGAGGUGACAGAGACUGCUUUCGCAGCUCCUUUGCACUCCAGCAGAGGUUUGUGAUUGGCUGCUCUGAGCAGGGGGUUGUAUGAUUUCACAUUCUUCCUGUGCAAGAUCGCCCUGAAGCUGUCUGUGCUGUCAGAGCACACAGGAUAGUACUGCAAACCUCCCCAGCCUGCCACCAACAAUGGUGAGCAGCAGGGGGAAGAGAGGGAGGUUAAUUUACUUGGUAACUGUGUGGUGUGUCUUUGGGUAUGUAUCUGUGGAGCAUAUGGAGAGACUGUAAGUGAGUGGAAAGUUAAGCAUGUGACAGAGUGGAUGAUUUGGUAUGAUUGUCCGGUAUGAGAGAGAGAGUGACUCCUGUAUGUGUAUUGCUAAUUAAACAAAUUGUGUCUGGCUCCUAAAUAUUGGCCCUCUCACAUUCUAGUGAAAUUUCUCAAGCCUGGUAAUAAGGAAAGACGCUGCGUAUUUCUAUGCCGGUUCUGUACACAGAGAUGACUUGGCGUGUACACAGAGAUGACUUGGCGUGUCUCCUCUGGGAUAGAGCCCCGGGCAGGUUACAGCUGACGUGGGGAUUCUGAGCACUCACAAUCCUUUCAAGGUGACUGCAUGCACUGCAAAUCAAACACCAAUCAUUCCAAGCCCCAAACCUUGAGAAUGACUGUAAACAAUCUAUAAGAUGCUGCUUUUAAAGGAACAUUAUAACGUUAAAAAUAAAUAGAUUUAUCGUUACAAGGAUGUCUUACUUUAAUUUAAUUUUAAAGGGAGAAUUUAAAGGAACAUUAUAGGAGAGCUCUGUGUAGAUAAAAUGCCUUUAACGUGCCUUUUCACCACCGCCUUAUUUGAUGAUCUCAGUCAAUUUCAAUGUUUUCCUAUAGGAAAGCAUUGGAAGGCUAUUGCACAUGCGCAGAUGAAUUUAAUCAAUGCAUCUCGUCACAAUGCUAAAUGCAGGUGCUGCACACUGUGCAGCACUGAGAUAGUAAGCACCUCUAGUGCCUGCCUGAGUGACUGCCACUAGAGGUGUUACUAGGCAGUGUUUACUUUGAAAAGCGUGCAGGUACACACUGUAGACACCAGAACCACUACAUUAAGCUAUAGAGGCUCUGGUGACCAUAGUGGCCCUUUAAGCACCAUAACAACUUUAGCUUACUGAAGCAGUUUUGGUGUAUAAAUCACACCCCUGCAAUCUGUGUAUGUUUAUCCAGUCCUAACCACACACCCCUUGGCUGUCUCACACAGCCUCAAUGAAAUUUUUUAAAUUUUCAAUCAGAUCUUACAGCACAGUGUGUUUAUUUUAAAUGUUUUAUCUCCUGCUCUUGUAAUUUAGUUAUAACAACACAAAGCAGGCUGUUCCUUGCUCUAGCAGGUUAUUCAAGGUAUACUAUUGUCACCAAAACAACUUUAGCUUAAUGAAGCAGUUUUGGUGUAUAGAUCAGGCCUAUGCAAUCUCACUGCUCAAUUCUCUGUAAUUUAGGAGUUAAAUCACUUUGUUUAUGUAGCCUUAGCCACACCUCCCUUCAUGUGACUUACACAGCCUUCCUAAAUACUUCCUGUAAAGAAUUGUGUAAUGUUUUCUUUUAUUGUAUGUUCUGUUUAAUUACAAUUUCUUGUCUCCUGCUCUGUUAUUAGCUUCUUAGACUUUGCAGGAGCCUCCUGUUUGUGAUUAACAUUUAAUUUACAGAGCAGGAAGUAAAAACUUUUGAAUAUUUAAACCAUUUUGGUUUUCAUUCAUUUACAGCCAGGAGAGAUGUGGCUAGACCUACAUGGACAAAAACAAAACAUUUUUUUGUGUGUGUGUGUGUGUGUGUGUGUUUUGCUUUGUUUUGGUUAUUUUUGGUCAAUCUAUGUUGUUGUUAUUAUUGAGACUUGAAUCAUAAAAACAAAGCAGUAUUGUGAUGACCCCACCACCUCAAAACAAGCAGUAGAUAAACCUCAGGAACGAUAAUAAGCAGACAUAACAUGAGAUGUACAAACCAUAUGUGGUGGUAUGGUUUGUGGCAUGUUCCACAAUAAACCAGAUGGCCUAAUUUUUUAAGAUAAAGAAAAAGGUCUUAAUAUGUAUUAACAUCUGUCUUAACAAUGUAUAAGGGACUUGCAUGGCACACCAAGCUCUGAGAUAAUCUGCUUUGUAAGAAUAAUCGGUGCAGCAGUGUGAGUAAAAUAGUGGGCCCAUAGCUUGUUAGUAGGGCGGAUGCAUGCAGUUGUGCCAUGCUGCCCUGUAUAACCGUUUAGACAUAAAAUUAAAUAAUAAUUUGUAAAGUACCACUGGGAACUAAGGGACACAAGUGAAACAUGACACAAGCAGAGAAAUUAGCAAUAAUUAGAAGUUUUCUGACACCCAUGCUGGUCAGCCUAGAAAGGCAGUCCCAAUAACAGGUUGUAUCACCAAACUCUGUCUCACUCCAGACUUUCGUCCACCCCUCCCUACUUCAAAGUGAUAUAGAUUGGAUGGUAUGGCCUGCAGCCGACUGCAUAUAAUUCUUCUUCAUCACGGGGCCGUAAUGGGAACCCUCAUCCAUUGAUCCCCCUCAUCAGGAUCAUGGGCCCACGGGUUUUCCGAUUGUCCCCCUGGGUGUAAGGACGGCUGUGAUGCGAGACCUCCAGAUAGGCACCCAGCUCGGAAGAAGUGCAAAUGGCCGGGGCAACAGCGUUGCCCACAUGUGUGUCAAGAGGUGCUAGUCGGUAGGACUUUAUGCCACACUAGUUUCCAGUCCAGAGGCGAAGGCGGUCGCAUCGGUGUGCUGAAUGGCGUGAGGUUGAAUUAUUUGCGUCGGCUUCUUGUGGGAUUCGACUCUGUUCCAGAAAGCUGUGCAGGUCUCUUCAAAAGUGGCAAGGAAGUUGGCCUCCCAAUUGCUCACGAAUGACUCAGUCGGUGUGUCUGCCAUUUUGACCAUGCCAUGAAUGCUUGCUGUGGGUAGGCAGGCAGUCACGGUAGCGCUGUGAUUGCUUAGUAGUAGUUCCCAGAGUGUGAAACGGGAUAUCCCCCACUGGUCCAGAGGGUGACCGCUGUGUCACACGUGUAGUCCCAGACUGGAACAUCGUCAGUUAAUCCCCUCCGUUGAUUCCACCAGGUCAGUAGGCAGUAGUAGCCGUUGCAAGGCGCAGGCUUGCUAGUGUAACUCCAAGAUCACUCCAAAGUGCACCCCUGCAGUCAGGAUUAGGUAAGUAGUCACUUGGGUAUGUCCUGGGGAUACCACUUUGCUUUAAUUUUAUAGAUUACAGGACUUGUCUGAGGAGCCCACACUAAACAAGUCUGUCGGCCAUGAUGGUUAGGCCCUGCCCCCAGAAACUAAUUUAACUCCUAAAUGGCAGAGAAUUGAGCAGUUAAACCUCAGAGCCAUGAUCUAUACACCAAAACCGCUUCAUGAAGCUCAAGUUGUUUUAGUGACUAUAGUGUCCCUUUAAGACAUAUGGUUGUGACUGCCCACUGAAGUGGCAUGUCAGCCUGGUUUAAGACUGCCAUGCUACAACAUACAGGACCAUGCAGAGAGUGCUGCUGCAUUGGUUUUUAGUGCCUGCCGCACUGCGCAAGCUAAUGUAAAAUAUGUGGGUGCUCUGCCGUCCAGGAAUAGUUCCUUGGUUUCUGCAGAUGCUGGACACCAGGGAACUAAAUUGUCCCAUGCUUCGUGGGUACCUUGUUAUAUAGUAGUGGCGGAGGUUUAAACAGAACAAGAAGUAUUUAUAAAAUCGAGUUGCAUUACACGUUAAUCUCUGAUUAUCACAAGCAGUUCUGGGGAAACACCUUUUCUCAAUAAGCCUUUUACUGUGCCAGAGAAACCGACGCGUAUCGAAGUUAACCAGAACUUGCCGACUUUGUUUUAUUGACAGGUGUGAAGAUUUUACCGCUUGUGAACUCUUAUUACAUGUGUAAUGAAUUUCAAUGCUUCUAAACUGUUAAAAAUAAAGAAAUAAGAGGGAGAACAAAAUGUUUUCUCAUUAGGUUUCCAAAACUGCUUUCCCUGGAAAUUGCAUAAUUCUAUAGAAGAUCAUCUGCUCCAAAAUACAGAUUUCAUGAAAGACUUAAACGGCAUUGUGCAAUUCUGUAAUUCAGUCAUUUUCCCUGUGGUUCCCUAUGUACAGUUUGGGUGUCUCGAUAAAAAGCUUGCUGUAUCACAGGUGAUCGCACAGAUGUGGGGAUUUAAUGAACGGUGUUCUCGUCAGACUUUACUCCAGUUUUAAAGGUGACGACGGUGUCCUUGAGUGCUUUAAGUCACAACACUAAUACACAGAAUUGAAUAUAUAUCACCCAAGACAUGAGCAGGUUUUCAGGAUGCCUCGGUGGCCCAAACUUGUUCAGAUGCAAUAACGAUUUCCACUAAAAACUUGUUGAUAAAUUACUGAAAUGUCAUUGUGGAAAAAUCAGCCUGCCUGCUGAGACAGCAAAGACUACAAUAAAUGAAGCAUUAAAUCAGAGUCCAAAAUACAAAAGUAGAUUAAAAAUCCAGCAUUGUGAAGUUGUACAUCUUACAAAAAUAAGGCCAAGAUAUAUGGGGUUCUUAUCUGCUGUCCAGAGUGUACUGCACAUGUAUCUGCUGUCAUUCAAUGGUUCUUUAGCAGAGCACACUGUAACCUUUACUCUCCCCCCCCCCCCAUCCAAAUUUAGCAGCGUGACGUGGGGCAUUUAAAUAAAGCUAGCAGUUUGUCUACCUGAACAGGUUCCACUGGGACUUCACUGAUUGUCGAGGAGACUCUAAAAAUAUCUUAUGUUGUUCUCCUGAGCCCCCUCUUGAGAGAAGAGCCUGCUCCUUUAUCAGCUCUGUCUCGCCGUGCUGGCAGGCUUAGCGCUACCCUAGUCACUCAGAUUUUAAUGAAUAAUUUUUGCAGCAUUAAGCCUAAUCUGUGCCCAGCAUGCUGCAAAGAUUGUAAUAUUGGGACUGCAGCGGGAGGGGGGCAUGGGGGAUUUAAAGUAUGUACAAGCACUCUGUGUGUUUCUGAUGAUUUAACCCCUUAAGGACCAAACUUCUGGAAUAAAAGGGAAUCAUGGCAUGUCACUUAAGGGGUUAAGCACCUAUUCAGACACUUGGAUACAGAAACAAGGUGGUUUAUGCGUGAUUAUUAAAGUAGAAUGUUAUUAUACACCGAAAUUGCAUCCUGUCUCAGGGAUAUAGUAUUUGGUAUUUUAAUAUCGUAAUUUUAGAUCGUAAGCUCUUUUGUAACCAAACCCUUAUCACCUCUAGUUUUAUUGCAAUUGUAAGUGUUGUUUAUCCAUUGUAUAGUGUUACAGACUAUGUAGCGGCUUUAUAAAUAAUGUAUAGAAUUUUUUUUCUAGCAGUUAUAUUAUGUGUACGAGUGAGGUUGGGACAGACUGAGCUACCAAAAUAACCUGUAAAUUCCCAUUGCCGUAAAGGUUUUCUUGUUGCCAAAUAAGGCUUUCUAUGUGCCAGAUCUGUGCAUGGCUCAUCCACCGGCAGAGGUGCUGCAGCUGUUUUUUUGUUGUUGUUUUUUUGUAUUUUUAGCAGUUGGCUACCUCCCGUGGUUGCCAGAGGAAUCCAUCCCUUUAUGCAUUACUGCAAGUGUGUACUAGGUGACAGAUGAUUGUGAGAUGCUCGUUUCCCAGAAGGCAGCUGCUGCAUAGAGAUAUCGCUGGCGGUCUCCUGGCAACCGUCGGCUGGGUCUGACCCUCGCCACCCCCUGUUACCUGCCUGCUAAUAGAUAUUCUGUCUUCAGGAGCUCUGUAGCUUAAUAGGGCUAUUCCUCAUCCCCUGGCUUGUCAUAUUACCAGCCUGUCACCUGUUCCUGGAGUCUUUUAAAAUGAGAGAGGUGGGGGAGGCUGUAAACAAAAAAAGUACUAGAAUGAUACUGUGUGUUUUAUCUGUUUCAGAUAAUGUCCUCAGGAUUUAUUGUGCAACAGUAUGGCUUACCUGUUUCCCAAGUGACAUUCUGUAUCUUCCUACACAGCAUUAUACAUAGUAAGUCGACUAUAAACACAAGGUGCAGUAAAGCACACAUUUUUUGCAGAAUUUAAAGGGAUUCUUUAGUGUUAGGAUUACAGAUUUGUAUUCCUAACACUAGAGCGCCCUUUGGUCCCCCCAGUACAUAAAGGGUUAAAAAAAAUUAUUUACUAAUCCGAUUCCAGCACAGAUGUCCCUUGGCGCUGGAUCGGCACUCCGCCUCCUCCUACAUCCUCCAUCAUCAUCUGACAGGGGGACCCGUGGCAAGCUCAUUAGGCCCCCCACAUGUUUUCCUAUGGGGAUUUCAAUGAUGCUGGACGUCCUCAUGCAGAGCAGAGCAGCGGCAUUUAGGCGAUAUAAAGUCCGGUAAACUCCCAGAAGCGCCUCUAGUUGCUCUCUGGUAAACAGCCACUAGAGGCUGUUUUAGUACUACAAUGAUUUACAUUGCAAGAUUACAUGGAACAGGGACACUGCAUUCAGACCAAUUCAAUGAGUUGAAGUGGUCUGGGUGCCUAUAGUGUCCCUUUAAAAUCCUUAAAUGUAUCCACUCACUUGUGUCUGUCCCCAAUGUUGGCUUGCACUUCCUUCCAUCUACACCUCAUUUUGUAAGACUAAGUUUACUGGGUGUUGUGUCAAGGCUACACAGGUAGUUUGCGGUUUACUAAUUUCAUUGGAAAUGGCAUUGUCCAUCUUCCGGACAAUGUAAGGUGCAAUUUGUCUAUAGAAUUGUUAUCUAUAAAAUGAUUGUUCCAUUUACAUCCUCUGACAAGUACAAGCUUUACACAUUUACUGAGCCAAAGACAGCAGCACUUAUGAGGAAACUCUACUAUCCUGACCCUGAUAUUAAAUGCUGGUUAUGCAUUUGACAGGGUCAGCUGGGAAUAUCUGGUUAUGGUGUUGGUUAGAUGGACAGAUCCAUGGUGCCUUAAUGACCUUAUACAGAGGUCUUUCUGCCAGAACAGUGGAUCCUGAUUUAUAUACUGUUUGGUUCCACUCUCCAGUUGGAGCUCCUCUGUUCCAACUCCUUUAUGGUUAGUCCAUUGAGCGUUUUGCCAUAAAUGUUAGCGACAAUGUAUUAAAGGGUAUCCAGCGGCUAGGGGAACAGCCAAAUUACGUCUCUGUGCAUGAUAUUCUAAUGUCUAUUUUAGAUCCUAUGUAUUCUCUAAACAACCUUUUGCAGGAAAUAGAAAAAUACGGUAUAAUCUCAAACUAUAGAAUGAAUGUUAAAUCUAUUGUACAAUUAAAUAUCGACUCUAUAACUAUUAAUAAAAUAAAGAGAGAAUUUGGAUAUAACUGGACAUCUAAGAAUGUUCAAUAUUUAGGAUUAACAAUUACUUGGGAUAUUAGGAGAUUGAUAGAAAUCCGUUUCAUGAAUCUGUUGAAACAUACAAAUGGGCAGUUGAAGGAGUGGAGAACGUGGGACAUCUCAUUGUGGGAAAGAAUCAAUUUUGGUGAAAUCUUAUGUUAUUCCUAAGUGAAAUUAUCUCUUUGAAAUGCUGCCUUUAGUAGUUAUGAUAGCUUGGCUGGAAUUGGUUCAACCUAGUUUUACAUCAUUUGUCUGGUGAGGCAAAAAUCCAAGAAUUAAUUGUAAAUGCAUUUCAAGGAAAUUAAAAAGGGAGGACUAGGAUACCCAACAAUAACUCAUUGUUCUAAAGCCAACAUAGUUGCUCAUAUAUAUUAUAUAAUUACAAGCCGUACAUUUGGUGGUUCUGCUAGACCAAUUUGGAAAUGGAUUUUUGACUUGAUUGAGGACAGUUCUAUAGUGUCACAGACUUACCUGGAGCCCGCGCUGCUUCCUUGUUGGGCCGCAUGAGCAGAACGCACCGGAAUAGGAAGAAUACUAUCGUAGCAACCUACUUUUCUACCCUACCCUCCUACCCUUACCCUUUUGUGUCACUAUACCCCACUCCCUCUAGCAUGUAAACUCAUUGAGCCGGGCCCUCAACCCCUCUGUUCCUGUGCGUCAAAUUUAUCUGGUUACAAAUACGUGUCUGUUAGUCCACCCGUUGUACAGCGCUACGGAAUUUGUUGGCAUUUAUAAAUAAUAAUAAUACUCUUUGGUCCUGCAAACUGCUCCCUCUGCUGGUUCUCAUGCCAAAUUACAGGCCCUUAAAUAAGUUUAGAAAUAAAAUGCCGUCACUCCCUUAAAGGGACCGCAUCAUCUAGGCAACCUUAGGCACUCCAGAUGUUUUGGACUACACCUUCCAUGAUGCUUUGCCAGUAUUAUUGGUGUAGGAGCAUUAUGGGGGAUGUAGUCCACAACAUCUGGAGUACUGAAGAUUGCCUAUCCCUGAUCUAGGCGACCCCAUGCUGUUUGCAGUCGUAGAUAUUAUGUGGACCAAUAAAAACACAUGUGAACCUAUUUAAAGCAUAUUCAGGCCCUUACUCAUUGCCAUAUCAUGUUUUUUGUUUAGUAACACGUUUAGUGCUCCUGCGACUUUCUUGUGAUAUCCUGUUCUUGACCUGUUUUGACUCUGUUAACCUCUGAUAUCCUGUCCCAGUUUGUAUAUUGACCUGCUCAUUUCUAUUAUCUUGACCUGGCUUGUUUUUGUGUAUCCGUAUCUCUGUUUUCCUGACCUUGGCUACUCCUAACUUUGAUACUUUCUUGGAAAUCCGGCCACUCUAAGGCCCGAUAAUACGGCUUUUGGACCUUCACUUUAUGGGUUUUCUUUUUUCCUGUAUGCAAGGCAGGGCUUGACAUAUUUGCUUGAAAUCUAGGAGCCAGCUAAAAAAGUUAGGAGCCAGGUUUUUCAAUGUCAAAAAUACAAUUCUUAAAGGGAUACUGUAGUCACCAGAACAGCUUAAUGGAUUUGAUCUGAAGUCUAUAUCCUGUCCCUUCAUGCUUUUCAACGUAAAGACAGUGUUUACAAUGCUGUCUAGCAACACCUCUAGUGACAGUCACUCAAACCGCCACUAGAAGUGAAGCACCUACAUUAAAGCUCCCCAUUAGGAUGCAUUGAUUUAAUGCCUCUCUAGAAGGAGAAGUUGAUUGGUGCAAUGUGGCAUUUUCUAGCACAUGCGCAAUAGUCUCCCAAUGCUUACAAAUGGGGAAGCAUCAGAUUGGCUGAGAUCGUCAAGAUUUAUGAUCUCUGCCAUGUAGGUGGGACCAGCCGUGGCAUCACCAGCACGGCGUGGGGAAAAAAAAGUGAGUAAAAACACCUUUCCCAUGUGAUUGGAGUGGGGGCAGGUCAUCUAAAGAUACAUACUGACACAUGCACACUCACUGAUUUGUCACACACACACACUAAUACUGCAACACUCACUCACAAAUUAUUUGUUCUAUUUUAAAUUUGUCCACCCAGCCUCUUUACCUUUGGGAUUGCUGGAGUGGAUGCUUUCCGUGGGGUACAGUGGGGCUGCUGUAAUCUUCCUGCUCUGCUCCCUAGCACGCUGUUUAGUGAUGGGGGCCAGAGUGACGUCCUAUUUUGGCUCCCCGCAUCAUUGGGGGGCAUGUCAGGGAGAUGACAGCUCUGUGACGAAGUGCCCUUCGCCACUUGUGCCUGGAGGGGACUACUGGCUAGCCUCCUGCCUUCCGACUAUGGCCCCUGUGCUGAUAGCUGUAUUUUCCCUUGCAGAAAGUUUUGUGUAUUUCUGCCAGGGGCGUUCGGGACUUUCAGUAUGUGAGUAGUGCUACCCCAGAUAGCUAUGCCAUGGAGCCUAUUCGUGUAACAAAAGACUAUGGAAAAGACUUUGGCUCCAUGGCGAUUGAACUGUAUGUAGGUGAUCUGAGCGCCAGUUCGUAAUAAUGUGCGCUCAGAUCUAAGCUAUCUGGGGAUAUGUUGCAUGUAUAUGUUUUAUGUAGUAAUUGUAGCAUUGUGUAAUUUUAUGUCUUUUUGUAACCAAGUGCUUAAUGGAGUCUUACCUCCGCACUGGGAGAUAAUUUGAUUGAUUACUUCCCAAUUAUCUCCAGGAUAGAGAGGAGGGAUUGUGAUGUCACUGUUGGGAGUGUGUUGUUUGUAUUGUCUGUGAUUGGCUAAUAUCCAAUAUGUGUCCCAUUGUUCCAUCAGCUAGCUUUAACCUCUUAAGGACCAAACUUCUGGAAUAAAAGGGAAUCUUGACAUGUCACACAUGUCACAUGUCCUUAAGGGGUUAAGCUGUAUAGUUAUGAGGCUAUCCUGAGCUGCACAACAUACUAGGACAAACCACACACUAGUCUUCUUUUCAACUCUAAACGCAGCCAUGUUGUAAACCCCCUGAUGAUACAGGUAAUAACUCCCUUCUAGGUCCAAUUACAGAGUCUGGAAUCUGUCUAGGAUUUUCCUCCUCUUAUCCUACUUUAUGGUCCAAUUCUGGAAAUACACACUUGCAACAGAGCGAGCCACCUUCUCAUUUCAAAUGUAGACAUGUGAAAACAAACAUGGCCUCCAUACUUAUCAUGUUUACAUGCACAACCGGAAACAUAACCAUUAAAAAGGACAAUACAAGACACUAACUCACCCUAAAGUGGCUCUGUCACCUUCUGCGGUCUUUACAUGUUUUUCAAAGACCUACGAUGGUGACCUCGCACUUGGGGUGCGGUGGCUCAGGUGUGCAGCUAUAUUGAGUUAUACUUGAUGCCUUCACUUAUGGGCACCACCAUCUUCUUUCUUCAACUUCUGGCACUUCACCCAGCAGAAGUCCACAUCAGUGCUGGACUCUCACGCACGUCUGUGGAGAAUAUAACUUCAGUGUCUACAUAGGAUCACACAAGACUAAAAGUGACUCCAAAGCUAUUAUCUCAUGAUAACUGUGAUAAUGCCUUACGCUAGCGAUGGCUGUGGGUAAUGACCAAACAUGACAGCAGUAGCUCCACCUUUUGUCAUGUUUUGUCAUCUUGACCAUGUACCGUAAGAUAAAGGAGUCCAUACUUUGUCAUGUGAUGUGUUUUGACUGCAUUGGAAUUUCAGUGAAGUUCAAACAGUCUUUAUGAGCAUGGCUCAAUAUUUAUUUUAUUAUCAUUGGUGACCGAGUUGCUUUAAGUGUAUUUGAUGGAUUUUAGUCUUCUUUUUGUGAUGUAUCCUAGCCCCACCCCCACCCCUCGUUUAACUCUGUCCGGUAAGCUACUUCCCCUAUUUCACAAAGUAACUUUCUUACUAGAUGUGCUCAGCAAAUGAGAGUUGAGUGAGCUGCUGACAUGACUCUGCCCCACAACCAAUCACUGUCCUCUUACCAUCUUCCCUUUUCCUCCUUAGCAUGGCUUUAAGGUACUAUAGAGAUAAGAAGACGGCAGUGAUUGGCUGUGAGGUGGAGUCGAGACUUCUCACAUUGAUCUCUUAUGUUCUGUGCUACGUUUUUAGUCUGCCUUUUUAUAGACUGCUCUUACGCUCCAUCUAUUACCUUGUAUUUUGUUCUACAAACGUCCUCUUCUAAAUCACGAUCCCUGUUCUCCUCCAUCACCUAAACAUCACAAUACUCCUGGUCUGGGCUUAGUACUAAGCCAGACAGCUGCUCCCUGUGAUACACCUGGAAAUGCUUUGAAAAACCUCCCCAAAGCAAAACAUCACAUCAGUCCAACUCAUACUGCCACCAGCCCUAAGUGAGGCCCCAUCGAGCAGGGGGAAGAUUAAUGCCGUGAUCUGUGGGCGAAAAAACCCAUCUACCUAAAUCCCACAGCUAAAAUAUAACAUUUGGGACUGCUUCUUAGUACAAGGAAAGGGCACCGAUUGGUGUUUUCCCCCUUUCCCUCACAUCAUCCUAAAUGUCCUAAAUAGUGGGCAUGUGUUCCUAUUCUUGCUCCCCCUUGUCAUUGGUGAUCUAAUGUAACACCACUGCAUGACUUGAUCAUAAAAUAAAACAUAAAAGGGGGCCUAGAGAAAUGCUAAUCAUUUCAUUAGAUUGUCCAAAACCCAUUUAAACUAAAUAAGACCAUGACAGAUUAUUUUUAAUAAAGGAAUGUAUAGGUCAGGAUUGGUUUUGUGGUUAUACAGUGACCUUAGUACUCCAGUUGAUGUAAAAAUCUCCACGUUCUCACCCAGUUUGCAUAUGGCCUUCCCUUCCUGGUUAGCUGCUUACAAUAUCUUAACUUUCUUUUUGUUUAGUUUUUUUAACCGUAGAGCAGUGCUUAUGUAAUGGGUUAGUUAAAGAGACAGACACACGGAUCAUUUAUUGUCUUCCAUUUAUUCCUAGAAAUAUAACGCUAAUUUUAGUAGAGUACCCAUAAAUCAUUAGUAUAUAUAUAUAUAUAUAUAUAUAUAUAUAUAUAUAUAUAUAAUUUUUUUUUUUUUUUUUAUAUAGUGUUUCAGUGAGGCACUGUUUAGAUAAAUGUUUUCCCUUUUGUUUUGUUUUUCUUUUUAUUCGAACAAUCACGUAACGGUUUACCCACCUUCACUAGAAUACCAGAGUACAUGUUUAAAGGGAAACUCCAGUGCCAGGAAAAGCACUGCAGGUCACCUCUCCCUCCCACCCCCGAAUCCCCGGUUGCUGAAGGGGUAAAAAUCCCUUCAGUCACUUACCAGAGGCAGCGACAUGUCCCACGUCGCUUCUUCUUCCUCCGCUGCCGUUUCUCCUCUGCGUCGGCCGGUGGGCGAGACUGAUCCCGCCCACCGGCCGGGGAGACCUUAUGCGCGGCAAUGCCGCACAUGCGCAUUAGAGCUCCCCAUAGGAAAGCAUUGAAAAAGCUUUCCUAUGGGGAAUUGAGCGACGUUGGAGGUUCUCACACAGAGUGAGGACGUCCAGCGACGCUCUAGCACAGGUUUUCUGUGCUAUGGACCAGGAAGUGCCCUCUAGUGGCUGGAGUGUCCAUUUAAAUCCCAAUCUCUGGAUCCACAGCCCCCUCAUUGAGAAAUGCAAUUUGCUAUAAUUAAACUUUAUUAGGGACCAUACAGCCUUUGUCUCACACUUAUUUAGACAAAGUAUCAAGCCAGCUCUACUACUGGUAUCUCUUCCAUGCGGCAUUGGUGUGUCCACCAGCUUCUCUGCUCUUCAGGCCUACUUCUCAGGCCAGACCUAUGACUGAUGUGCCUGAGAUGGCAGAGAUUUUCCAUCCUAAACUCUUGGGAAGGACUUUCCACAAACUGAUCCUCUGGUAGAAGAUGGGAUUUAGGGAUUCUGUUGCCAAUCGCAUCCUCCUAGCAGCACCCACUCCUCAGGCAGUUAUAAUUGACUCCUUGGCUUCACACGCACAUGGCCACCAUUUUAUGUUUACAUCCAUGGAAUGAGAUUUCCACCCAGAUACACAUAUUCCCUGUUGGUUCUGCAGAGACAAAUUUCUCACUCUGUCAUAGGUGGAAAACAUAGCUCCACGAAUAAAUCAAUGAUCAUUACUGCCUUCCUAUCUCAACCUCAAAGGCCUCAAACGUACAUCAUCCUCUACCUUGGAAGAUGGAGUCUUGAACAUCCUGCCAUCCACUAGGCUAUAUGUAAAGUCCAUGGGGGCCACCCUGGCUACUCAGCCAUGAGAGGAAAAAAAUCCAAUUCUUAAAGGACAUUUGCAGCUUAUCCGCUGCAGACUUAGCAGUUCUUUGGUGCGAUCAGUGCCUUGACUUGGUUGCCUUUAAGCAAUAGAGGAGGACAUUUUGGAUUAUUGCCAGCAGCAAAUCAUUUCUGAUACUUUAAUGGCUAAUCUACAUACCCUCUGCAAUGGCCUGACCUUAAGAGUGGAUUCUCUGGACAACAUAGCUAGAUGAAGGCAUAUUAAAGGGACACCAUAGGCACCCAGACCACUUUAGCUCAUUGAAGUGGUCUGGGUGCAUAUUCCCAGGUCCUUUAACCCUGGAAAUGUAAUUAAUAGGUUAAUUCCACCUCUAGUGGCUGUCUACCUGACAGGCUUGUGGGGGGACAGGAGCACUCCAAGCACCAUAACCACUACAACCUGCAUUCUUUAAACGUGUUUCAUUUACUACAAUGUGUACACGACUCCUUUCUAGACUCCUUCAGCAAUGUAACAUAUCACUUCCAGCUAACUGUACUGAUGUUGUUUCAGAUUUGCCAUUAUAUAGUAGUGUUCUUGGUUGUUUUUAUUUGUUUUUUGUUUGUUUGUUUAUUUUGUUACUUUAUUACAUUGACCAAUGCUUUUCUUUCUAUUUUUGUGAGAGGAAUCCCUCUGUGUAUGGAUUUCUGCUUCCCUCCCAGCAUUUCAGAGGGCCUUAGAGUGUAUGCCCUGUGUGUACUGUCGGGCACGAUACCAUUCUAGGAAUGUUUAGCUUGGCAGGUUAGUUACAUACUACUGGGAGCACUUCUUUUCUGGCCCUGUGAUGUCUAUUCAUCUGGGAAACGUCAUUUCAGAUUUUGUUUGUGUGAAUGAAAUCAUGUAAUUUUCUAAGUAGAGAACCUGCUGUUUUUAUAGCCUUUUCCAUGUUUACAUUGUGUGUUUAAAUGGGAAAACAGUGGGCUUUAUAAGCCAAUCCUGUAAAGGACACGCUGUGUGCUCCCCCCACACCGCCAUCAGGUUUUCUAGCAGAAAAAUUGCCCUGCGAUUAUUUCAGUUGGCUGCAGCAUCUCCUCAUCGGAGAGUAAUCAUUACUGUCCGUGUCAAUGCGGGGUCCAAAUACAACCAGAGACAGGCUCCCCAUCACUGCCCUGGCUGGAGAUGACCGUGCUCUAACCCUACUCUGUGUUAUCGGUGUCACUGGUUAUUGCUGGUACCCACUACCAGCUUUGGGGACACAACCCACGCAUUAUAACUUCAGACCCUGCUUACUCCCACCCCAUACAUUUCUAUAACUCUAGUGUUAGGGUUAGCUAACCCUAUGGUUCGUUUUGUAAGGGCUUGCAUUUAACUGUACCUGUUGCUUUAUUAUAAUGGGCAAAACCAGAAAAUAAAAUAUUUUCUAAAUAUAUUAGUAGCCCUUGUAACGGAUCACCUGGCACCCCGACUGGAUACGACUGGAUACCUCUGUUGAAGGAUGCUCCUAGCGCUUCCUGAGGGCUCAAAGCACUCCAGCAGACACCAUAACCACCGUAGACUCCUCCUGAGAGCAAGGCAGGAACAAGCUAUUACAAGAGCUUAGUAGUGAUUUAGCAAGGGAGUAUGACAAGCAUAGCAAUCCCUUGUAGCAGAUUCCCCCAAUAAGAGACAGGACUCAGAUUGAGGGUGAAGUAGAACUGAAGCUUUUAAACCAACACUCUGCUUUUAUGCCCAUUUAACAAACAUAGUACCGCCCACAGGGUUUUGCAGAACAACCAAUCAAUACGUACAAUACACACAGACACUCCCACACAAAAUCCUCCCCUCUGCCUGUGAUACAAUUACCUUACACAAUGGGUUAAUAUAAUUAUCACAGGCAGGAAAAUACAGUUUUACACAAUAUUCAUAACUUUAAAAGUAUGCAUCACAUUCACAUAAACUUUUAGAAUGAGCACACUCCAAAUACCAACAUACAUCAAAUCAUACAAAUUGGUCCAGUGGGUCAAAAGUUAGAUCGACGUCCUUUGUGACCAAAUGAAGCAUGGCUUUUCUGCCCAAAACCAGUUCCACGGAGUCUUCUAUCCUGGAGAUAAUUGGGAAGUGAUCCAAUUAUCUCCAAGGACAGAGGGAAAACUCCAUUGAACACAUGGUAGCAAAAGACAAUAAAAUACAUAUAAAUAUAUAAUUGUGCAGCUAUUGCAUAAAACAGGUACAUUCACAUAUCCCCAGAUAGCUUAGAUCUGAACGCACAUAAUUACUGAAUGGCGCUCAGACCACACACAUACAGUUCAAUUGCCAUGGAGUCAAAGUCUUUCACAUAGUCUUUCGUUAUACGAAUGGGCUCCAUGGGAUAGCUAUCUGGGGUAACACUGCUCACAUAGGGAAAGUACCGAAUGACACGGCUUUCAGGUCUUUGCAGGGGAAAAUCCAUCCUUUAAACAUGGGGCCAUAGUCACAGGGCAGGAGGCUGGCAAUCAGUCUUCUUCAAUGCCCAGUGGCGAGGCUGGUUCCGCCACAGCCCUUACCGCCUUCUUUUUGUUUGUUUUCUUCUUCUUUUUAUACUAAAUCUGCUACAGAGAGCUCCAUCUAUACCCCAAAACAAUGUAUGGGUUUAUGUAAGUAAGCCGUAAAUAAAUAGUUUUUAAGAAAACAACUUUGAAAAAGCAAAAGGAAAAAGCUUAUAACUUGUCUGGCCUCCUGUGAGGGAGAAAAACCAAAACUUCCCCGCCCCGGCACUCAAAGGGAAAAGCUGGCUUUGGCCAGUCUCUCCCAUAGAGCGAUACUGUGAGAUUCUGUUGUUAUAGUUACUGUUGGUUCUGUAGCUCUCUACAUUGGGUACACAAAGCAAAUCUAACAUAUACACCGUGAGAGGCCAUAGUUUAUUUACUGUCAUGUAAAUAGUAUGGGGAAUAUCUUUAGAUUAUUCAUCCAGGAAGGUUACACACUGAAAAAGUAUACAGCAAGCCACCAGUCAUCCAUGACUUGUCACAGUUGUGUUUUGAUCAAUCACGUAAUGCCAUGCCCUGAUUAGCCAAACCAGCAGUUAUGGGGUUAAUUAAACGCACUGGUGACGUAUCCAGCAUUGACUGGGUUAAUGGCGUGUUGAUUAGCUAUCCAGUGGUGAUGGGGUUAAUAACAUGCACUGAGCACCCUUCAGUGCUUGGGAUAGUGAUGGUAAGCACUUGGUGAUUAUCGACCCAGCAGUGAUUAGGUUAAUGCUAUACCCAGAUAUUCAUCUAGCAGUGAUGGAGUUAAUGUUAUGUUAAUAGACUGGAAGCUCGUUUGAGCAGAUCCUUUUUCACCUCUUACUUGUUGUCAAAUAUCCCCAUUUUAUCAUUGUAAAGCGCUGUGGUAUAUGUUGACGCUAUAUAAAUGGACUCUGUGGUCACCCGGCAGUGAUGGGGUUAAUUCCACGCACAGUUUAAGCGGUGGGGUGUUACGUGCCCUGUGUUAUUCCAGGUAGGAGUUUAUUGUGGGUGGAGCACUCGUGUUUCUCCAAUUUCCUGAAAGUCUUUAAAUGUGUUGAUAAUAGGUUUUUGCAGUAAGAGCCUUCCUGGGAUAGUGUUGUCAAACACCAGAAACUGGCCUGUUUGUGAAACCGCCUCGGUAAGAGCUUGGCUGCUCGUCUUUUUGUGAUUUGAUCUAUUAACCCUUUAACCAGGGGACAGCUUUCAGAGGGUUAAAGGGUGUUGUCUCUGCUUCUUCCCUAACGUCUGUUUGUUUUCAAUCUGCUCUGACCUCUCCUUCCUCAGACUCUUGUUUUCUUAUAAGUUCACUUCCUUUACUUUCGGAUCAUCGAAACAGAUCUCUCUCUCUGCUGGGAUCUGCUCCGUGUAUACACUGCAUUUUCUGCGCCACGGCUUAAUCUGCCUUUAGCAAUCCUAUUGUUUAUUACAGUAAUCUGCUGUGGUAUUAUUUCUGUAUCCAAUAAUUGUGUUCAGCAUUCUCGCUAACGUGGCUCCAUUUUUUGUUUUAGGAGUACAUUUGCCCAAGGUGUGACUCUGGUUUCAUUGAAGAGGUGACAGAGGACUCCAGGUAAGCCAACAUAUAUAACCAUAACUCUGUGGUUGGCAGUCUCUUUUCCACCCCCAUGUAAUUGUUAACCCUUAAUGCCUCCAGUAUAAUUUAUGAUCAGUCCAAUCUUUGUAGUGCAAUAUUCAAUCACUCCAGUCGCCCAAUGUAAUAUAUAUCUAUUUUAGAUUUCUCCAGUAAUAUCCAUGCAGUCCAGUCUCUCCAGUGUUAUAUUGAUUAGUCCAUCUCCCAGUGUGAUAUUCAGUCAGUCCAGUCCCUCUCGCACCCCCCAGUGCAGUGUCGGAUGAGUCCAAUCCCCCCCAGUGCAGUGUCGGAUGAGUCCAAUCCCCCCCAGUGCAGUGUCGGAUGAGUCCAAUCCCCCCCAGUGCAGUGUCGGAUGAGUCCAAUCCCCCCCAGUGCAGUGUCGGAUGAGUCCAAUCCCCCCCAGUGCAGUGUCGGAUCAGUCCAAUCCCACCCAGUGCAGUGUCGGAUCAGUCCAAUUACCCCUCCCCCCAGUACAGUGUCGGAUCAGUCCAAUUACCCCUCCCCCCAGUACAGUGUCGGAUCAGUCCAAUCCCCCUACCCCCAGUCAGUCGGAUUAGUCCAAUCCCUCCCUCCCGUUGCAGUGUCGGAUUAGUCCAAUCCCCCUCAGUGUCGGAUCAGUCCAACCCCUCCCUCCCAGUGCAGUGUCGGAUCAGUCCAAUCCCUCCCUCCCAGUGCAGUGUCGGAUCAGUCCAAUCCCUCCCUCCCAGUGCAGUGUCGGAUCAGUCCAAUCCCUCCCUCCCAGUGCAGUGUCGGAUCAGUCCAAUCCCUCCCUCCCAGUGCAGUGUCGGAUCAGUCCAAUCCCCCUCCCAGUGCAGUAUCGGAUCAGUCCAAUCCCCCUCCCAGUGCAGUGUCUGAUCGGUCCAAUUCCCCCCCCUCCCCCAGAGCAGUGUCAUAUCAAACCAAUCCCCCGCCAGUGCAGGAUCAGUCCAAUGCCUCUCCCAGUGUAGUGUCAGAUCUGUCCAACCCCCCUACCCCCUGUAGUGUCAGAUCUGUCCAACCCCCCUACCCCCAGUGUUAGAUCAGUCCAGUUCCCCCAGUGCAUUGUCAGAUCAGUCCACCCUCCCCCAGUGCAGUGUCGGAUCAGUCCAAUGCCUCCCAGUGUAGUGUCAGAUCUGUCCAACCCCCCACCUCCCCUGUGCAGUGUUAGAUCAGUCCAGUUCCCCCCAGUGCAUUGUCAGAUCAGUCCAAUUUCUCCCCCCAGUGCAGUGUCGGAUCAGUCCAGCUCUCCCCCAGUGUAGUGUCAGAUCUGUCCAACCCCCUACCCCCUGUGCAGUGUUAGAUCAAUCCAGUCUCUCAGUGUAGUGUCGUGGAUCAGUCCAAUGCCUCCCAGUGUAGUGUCAGAUCUGUCCAACCCCUACCCCUGUGCAGUGUUCAUCAAUCCAGUUCCCCCCAGUGCAGUGUCGGAUCAGUCCAAUGCCUCCCAGUGCAGUGUCUGAUCUGUCCAAUCCCCAGUCAGUCCAAUGCCUCCCCCAGUGUAGUGUCAGAUCUGUCCAACCCCCCUACCCCCUGUGCAGUGUUGGAUCAGUCCAGUUCCCCCCCAGUGCAGUGUUGGAUCAGUUAGUCAAGUCUCCUAAGUGUGUUUAGUUUUUAUCUGCACAAUCUCCUCUACCAGUGUAAGAAUAAUGUUCUUAAACCGGGGUUCCCAACCCAGUUCAUCCCGAUCAGUCCAAGAUUUAGGGUUUACCCUGUUGUGUCUAAAGUGUUGUUUUUUCUUUUUCUUUUUUUCUUUUAUAAAAACACCUUCAACACAACAGGGUAAUCCCUAAAUCUUGGACUGUAAGGGGGUACUUGAGGACUGGGUUGGGAACCCCUGCUCUAAAGCAAACCUCCCAACAUUCCACAUAAACAGAGAUGGGCACUUUAAUUUGUAGGGGUGUGACGGGGGCGAGGCUGUUCUGAUAAGUUUUUGUUGAAUCGCUAAUAGCAAUCUGUGUAUUUAAAAUGUAAUCAAGAACAGGAUUGUUUUUUAUUUACACAGAUUGAUUUUUUAAAACCCCUUCAGCCACUUACCUCUCCUCCCCCUCUGACGUCAGAUCCUGAGUGGAGCCGAAUGUGCAUGCGCAGCCAGAGCCGCGCGCGCGCAUUAAAAACGCCCAUAGGAAAGCAUUUCUCAAUGCUUUCCUAUGGACGUUUUACGUGCUCAAUCAAUUUUCGCAUUCAGUGUCGCAGAAGUGCCUCUAGCAGCUGUCGGGAAGACCGCCACUAGAGGCUGGAUUAACCCAGAAAACUGAAACUGCUAUGUUUACAUCUGAAGGGUUAAAACCUGGGGAUCUGGCACCCAGACCACUUCUUUGAGCUGAAUGUGCAUAGGGAUUUGGGAUAGUGCGCAAGUAACUUUUCCUUUGUAUUUUUUAUUGUGUAUGGGGCUGAUGUGUAUUAUAGUCAUUGCUGCUUUCUAUGAGUAGUGGGAGUUUGAGUGCAGGGCUUAAAUUUGUAUGUUUGAUUUCUAAACACAAUUUUUUUUGUAGUUUAAAAACACAUUACUGAGAGUAGUCUUGCUAUGGAGCUCUGUUAUACACUCAGACACAUUACUGGGAGUAUUAUUGCUGUGGAGCUCUGUUAUACACUCAGACACAUUACUGGGAGUAUUAUUGCUGUGGAGCUCUGUUAUACACUCAGACACAUUACUGGGAGUAUUAUUGCUGUGGAGCUCUGUUAUACACUCAGACACAUUACUGGGAGUAUUAUUGCUGUGGAGCUCUGUUAUACACUCAGACACAUUACUGGGAGUAUUAUUGCUGUGGGCUCUGUUAUACACUCAGACACAUUACUGGGAGUAUUAUUGCUGUGGAGCUCUGUUAUACACUCACACAUUACUGGGAGUAUUAUUGCUGUGGAGCUCUGUUAUACACUCAGACACAUUACUGGGAGUAUUAUUGCUGUGGAGCUCUGUUAUACACUCAGACACAUUACUGGGAGUAUUAUUGCUGUGGAGCUCUGUUAUACACUCAGACACAUUACUGGGAGUAUUAUUGCUGUGGAGCUCUGUUAUACACUCAGACACAUUACUGGGAGUAUUAUUGCUGUGGAGCUCUGUUAUACACUCAGACACAUUACUGGGAGUAUUAUUGCUGUGGAGCUCUGUUAUACACUCAGACACAUUACUGGGAGUAUUAUUGCUGUGGAGCUCUGUUAUACACUCAGACACAUUACUGGGAGUAUUAUUGCUGUGGAGCUCUGUUAUACACUCAGACACAUUACUGGGAGUAUUAUUGCUGUGGAGCUCUGUUAUACACUCAGACACAUUACUGGGAGUAUUAUUGCUGUGGAGCUCUGUUAUACACUCAGACACAUUACUGGGAGUAUUAUUGCUGUGGGGCUCUGUUAUACACUCAGACACAUUACUGGGAGUAUUAUUGCUGUGGAGCUCUGUUAUCCACUCAGACACAUUACUGGGAGUAUUAUUGCUGUGGAGCUCUGUUAUACACCUAGAAAAGAGGGACAAAGGGAUUUGGGCCAAAAUUAGGAACUGUCCCUCCUAAAUAAGGACACUUGGGAGGUAUUAAAAAAAAAAAAAAACCUGUGAAAAGGAAAUGCAGGUACGAUCCAAAUCUAUAUUACAGUAGAAAAAAAAACUUAGCAUGCCCUCAGUCCAAUCCCCACAGUGUCAUAAUUGAUCAGCAAGUCCUGCACACCCAGGUUAAUAUCCGUACGCACACCCAGGUUAAUAUCCGUACAGUACCAGUUCCCCUCUAGUGAAAUAGUCAUUCCUUAAUCACACUAUAACUACAACAGUGUGCCCACAAGGGGAUGAUUAGCAGUGACUUUCACAAUGAAAAAUCUGUAAGCUUGUUUCAUUGUGUGUUCACAAUUUUGGGCUUCACCAUGGAUGCCAACAGUUGCAGUGACAUGCCCCUCCUUAAUUUGCCCACCUUCGUCCUGACUUGGGAGAGGAAUGCUGUUGCUGAGCAUCUAAAUUUAACUAGAUCAACCAUUUUCAUUUUCAGUUUUUAUUUUUUCAGCAUUUAAAAAAAAAGUUUUAAAUGUUUUUUUUCUUUUUUUUGUCGAAUAAGGCCCAGUGUAAAAGACGCAGCCACCCCUUAAGUGAAUGGUAUAAUUUGAACAUGGUACCAUUUUAGGUUCUGUAAGAGCGUUUAAUUUGUACAAUGUGAUAUGUCAUUUGCUUGGUGACCUUGGCGUCCUUGUUUACCUUUCCGUAAUAUGCUGACUUAGCCAUGUGUGGCUGCCUUAUCUCAAAUGUAAUGUAUGAAAAAUGGUUUCACUGUUGAUGCUUGUAUAGCCCGAAUUUGUGUUCAUUCUAUGUACAGUGACCAAUACAAAUUUAAUUUUUCAAAAAGACGCAGCCACCUGAUGUGAAUGUAUACAUUUUAGUAAAUGUAUAGCUUUUGGUCCAGACUGCCCUAGAACAUUUAUUCCUGAUAAUGCACAUAGCUUGAGGGAUCAUCUGCUGGCCUUUCCGAAUCCUGAAGAAUAUUUGUCCUAGUCCUGCCGAAGUCUAUUUUGGCAGGCACAGUAGGUUGCUGUUACGCUGAUAGUAUAAGUCAAGGUCCAUUUGAGACAAGGAAAAUUGCUAACAAACGAACAGAUCUUCUGGUCUGACCUUUAGUUCCUAACUGGUGACUGUACACAUUAUAUAGCUCCAAGGUAAACCUGUGAUCAGACUUAUAACGCACCCUGGGAAUGUGGCUGCUAGGUUCGCAGGUCUGCAUUCUCAAACAACUUGCCAGCGUUUAAUUAGUUUUUGUGUGCUUGUUUACAAAGCCAAGCAAAAAAACGUUCAUAACACACGCACUUAGAAAAGACAGUAAACUGUGAUAGCACAAUUGCCGAGGGCUGAAGUGCAAGUUUGCAACCUGGUAUAUGUCAAUAAAGCUGUACUGGGCAAGUUAAUCUAAGACAGGGAAUUCUUGCUCCGUGGGGUUUAUUUACUGAAGACUGCAUAGGAGGGACCCGAAAACCAGACUGCAAUAAUCAAGCUGUGACUAGAAUAGAAUUGCAGAUUUUUUUCCCAAAGCAGCUACUUUGGCCUAAAUGGUGCAGCUCACUUUCCAGGGCAUAACAAUUCGCUGUUCAGUAAAUAAACCGCGUUCUGCCCUUUACUCACGCAAACUAUGUUGUCCUUCCUGGACUGUGUCUUGUUAACCCUUCACACGUCUCUCCGAAGUGAUGUUUACAGUCUGACCUUUUCCCUGGGUGGAGCGUUACCUGUGUAACUCGUUGUAAAUUGUUUAGUUUUCUAGAUUCUGGAGCGAGCUCGUUAGACGACAAUGGGUCAACGCACUUUGCAGACGUGAGUCAUUUUUCUUGUUUUGUUUUUCGUUGUGUGUGCGCACUGCUUUAUUGCAGCAAUCUCAUUUGUAAUCUAUAUUUUUUUCUGUUAUGCUCCCACGUACCCCCUGUGCUUCUCCCUGCUUUAUCCCAAUUUUCAGUGUCUGUGUCAAUUAACUGUGUUUUGUGGUACAAUAUAGAGAGUGUUUCUAGGUCAGUGUUUUCAAAGUGGUUCUGUCACCGUGGAAACCAGUUCAAUGUUCCAGAUCAUUGCUGUCCCGAAGUCUCGAUUUUAUAUAAGCUCCCAAUGUGUUUAAUAAUCUGUCUGAUUUUUCAUUAUCCUCCCACCACUACCUUUAGUUUAACACUCCCUCCCCUCCCCACCUAUAUCUUUGGACGCAUUGACACCCUCUAAACCCAUGUGAUUUUGUUCUCUUUUCAGCUAGAUUUAUCCCAUCCCACUCAUGGCUAUUUUAAGUGUCAAAGAAUUUUUUUAUUUAUUUUUUUACUCUGUGUAUGUAGAUUAUGGUUUAUAGAGAUUUCCAGAGUGGCACUUUUUAUGGCCGCACACCGCAGUGUGCUGCACGCAGUCCUCUAAACUUUGUCUUCCCCAGAUAUCAAGUUUUGAAGGGCAAUCAAUUAAAACAUGAAAUCAAAAAAGGUCCUGAUGUUUGCACUGUGUGGCUGCUUGGAACUCAUUAUUAAAUAAACAUUAAGAACAUAUCCAGUUUGAUGUGUAUUUUAAAUGUGUGGUUGCUUGGGGUGUCCUUAUAAAGGCCAGUUCCUAUGUGCUGAUAUGUUAAGACCGGUUCUGCUAAUCCUUUCCUUUAGCGGAUGCUUUGACUAUACCUUCCUUUUCUAUUAGCUUCACAGCCUCCUCCCCAUCUCAUCAACGCUAGAUUUCUAUAGUAGGUAGAAGGGAUGAUGUGUUUGUAAGCAGGACCUCUUCUACUUCUGUUUUCAUCCUUUUGACUUGCAGUAUGUCAAUGUGGCUGGGUGUUGUCACAUGCUGUACUCAUGCCAUGCUCCUGUACCCAAUGGAUUGCUAGGUGGUUUGAUGCAUAAGUGGCUGACUCUUUGUAAACGCGAAUGGCCAUCCUUCAAAAUGCCCAACCUAAUUGGCUACAAAGUCCUCCAUCAUGGGUUCAGGAGCAGGAAUGACCUAUCUGGUAAUCUGACCAAUCAGACUGAGGCCAUCCUUUGAGUAUUUCAUGUAGUGUGUGACGGUGUAGUGUUGACAAUCGUGAUGUCAAUGAACAACACCAUAUUGCCUGCUUUAUGGCAGAACGCAAUCCUGACCCCUUAGAUCUACGUUAGUGAAAUGCUUGCACUGUGAUGGGGAUAAUAAUACCCAGGAUUUCACAGAUUUGUCAGAAUGCAGCAAGAUGCUGUGUUGAUACUUUUAUUGAGCACGGAAGCUUUUAAGUAGAGCUUUUUAAUAUCAUGCUAUCUUAUCCUUAUAUUUAACAUAUGAUCUUCAUAAAAUACUCAUACUGACUGUGCAGGAAUUUCACUGAAGUUACAACCCAGUCAGAAGAUAUACUGACACAAAGUAUGGACUUCUUUGUCUCCGUGUAUUUCCUACACCUAACACUGCUUGGCAAUGGGCGUAGCUACUGACCUCAAGAAGGGUCAACCGUCGCCAGUGAUAUUGGCUUUAUCUAUAGAGUAUCCCGCGGUCUCCCAUGAUCCUCCAUAGACCUCAAUGCUGUAUUCUUGCACAUGUAGUGAUGUUUGCUCCUCGCACUAAAGCUACAGGAGCAGAAGAGGAUGGCAUUGCCCGCGAGGGACAGUCAGGUAAGUUAAACUCACCUCUGCCUGCCUCCUCCUCCCUUCCCACCUGGCCAGCAGAGAUGUGGGUGAUUUUCAAUAUUUUAUUUAAUGGUGUAACUUUCAGGCAAGCGACAGUUUGCCUUUAAUGAUUUCACAAUUACAAAUGUUAAAGUUCUUGGGGGGAAAAUCCUUCAGCAUAUCGAUAGAGAAGUUUAUUUAUGGCUUAAUCUAUAACUCGAGAUGGCACAUACGGAUACAUUGCAGAUGUCUAUCAGUUACUGUUGUGCAUCACCCACCUCACGAUCUGAUAGACCAUCUGGUUUUUUGGAAGAGACAGCUCCUUGUUCAGCCUGACCUGCACGUAUUCCAGGGUAACCUGCUGUGUGUGACAGCUGGAGAAAUGCUUUGUUAGAGUCUUACUUUACACUCGGGGACAGGAUUCUCGUAGGUGGCGUCUAGUAUUCAAAUUUCAUGGGCAGCAGAUCAUCAAUGAAGCUUCGGAAAGCACAGCAAGAUUAGCAGAUCCUGGAUUGUCCUGUCACCUGCUAUAAAUCAUUCUUCAGCCUAAACUUGAUGUAAAAAAAACACUAAAUAUCUAUAUUCUGGUAAAAUAAACCUGAACUGGCACACAAGCAUCCCAUGCCCAUGGCUGGCAGACUUGUGAGUGAGAAGCACCAUUUGAUACUUUAAUCUGCUUUCAAGUCAUGUUUAGUAUUCCUUGACAGCCUCUGCUUUUAAAGCUUGAAUUCUUUAUCAGUGCUUUAUAUAGAAUGUUCUGCAAGAGUCUAUUUUAAAGCAAGAUUGCUGUCAGUUUCCUACUUUAAGAGCAUUGUCAACACCACAAAAAUGUUUUCUACAAACACGUAUAUGUGAGUGAUCGGAACCAAUGGCUAAUCUAGUCUGCCCUUGGUCUUACAUGUUUUACCUGAAAAGCCUCCAGUUCUAAGUGAGUCAAACUGUGUGUAUUAGUGCUCAUUGUGAGAUAUGUGCGGUGAGUUUAACAGGCCCACUGACUCAUUUUGGCUUCUGUCUUCCACAGCUUUGGGACCAUCUAGACCACACAAUGUUCUUUCCAGACUUCCGACAGUUCCUAAACACCAGCUCUUUGGACCAAGAUGGCAGAGACCACGAGCGGGGUCACCAGGCUCACACAGACCUGAGAGUGACCCGUCGGCCACCCAGGCAGCCCAUGACGAGGUACCGAUCCCGUGCUAGUUCACGUCCUGACCGAUCUCCGGCUAUUGAAGGGUGAGUGUGGUCUUCCUAACCUUUAUUUGUUAAACCUGCACUUAUCCUGUUACUCUUUGGGUUUUAUUCUCCUAGGCUGUACAAUCCGCACUGUGCUGUAAAGACUGGGCACUGUAUGAAAGCACUAACCUGUUCCAUAAUUUUCUUUUUCACAGUAUUAUCCAGCAAAUCUUUGCAGGAGUAUUUGCAAACCCUCCUCUACCAGGUUCCCCACAUCCCUUUUCAUGGUAAGUAGUUAAAAAGUGAGAGCACUGUUAAUAUAAUGUCGUCCUUUGUGGGCAUUGUCAUGUUGAUGAUGCAAUAUAUGUGUUGUCCUUUUAUAGUCUGGUUGUUGUAGGUGCCGCAUAGAUGCUGUGUGAGUAGUAUUAGGUUGUGGGUGCAGUAUAGGUGCUAUGUGAGUAGUAUCAGGUUGUGGGUGCAGUAUAGGGGCUGUGUGAGUAGUAUCAGGUUGUGGGUGCAGUAUAGGGGCUGUGUGAGUAGUAUCAGGUUGUGGGUGCAGUAUAGGGGCUGUGUGAGUAGUAUCAGGUUGUGGGUGCAGUAUAAGGGGCUGUGUGAGUAGUAUCAGGUUGUGGGUGCAGUAUAGGGGCUGUGUGAGUAGUAUCCGGUUGUGGGUGCAGUAUAGGGGCUGUGUGAGUAGUAUCAGGUUGUGGGUGCAGUAUAGGGGCUGUGUGAGUAGUAGGGGCUGUGUGAGUAGUAUCAGGUUGUGGGUGCAGUAUAGGGGCUGUGUGAGUAGUAUCAGGUUGUGGGUGCAGUAUAGGGGCUGUGUGAGUAGUAUCCGGUUGUGGGUGCAGUAUAGGGGCUGUGUGAGUAGUAUCAGGUUGUGGGUGCAGUAUAGGGGCUGUGUGAGUAGUAUCAGGUUGUGGGUGCAGUAUAGGGGCUGUGUGAGUACUAUCCGGUUGUGGGUGCAGUAUAGGUGCUCUGUGAGUAGUUUCAGGUUGUGCUCACAGGUUAUGUUCUUGGUAAGGACCAUUUACCAAUUUUGUUCGUUUUAUGCUGUGUGAAUUGCGACAGAUUUUGGGUGCAGUGUAAAUGCUGUGUGGAUUUUUGGUUGUCGGUGCAGUAUAUUUGCUGUUUGGCCAUCUCUGGUUUUGGGCCUUGUCAGUGUGGUGCCUGAGAAUGACGUCUCCAGCGUGUGUUGUUUGUGACUUCUGUAAUCCCAGACUGCCCUGAAUGUGUGUGCGCUGAGUGUGGGAUCCUUAUCGCCUUCGCGGGAAGUGUUGUCUAUAGGUAAUGGAAACUCAACAGGUAAUCUUCCAUGACCGGCCUCAUACACCAGCUGGAAGAUUGACAUGUGGCGAAUAGACUCGUGUCACCCUGUGCUAGUGAUCUUUAUGCAUUUAUUAACACGGUUUGCUUUUGUGGAAAUGGACAAUUCGAUAAAUGCCUGUAAAGCCAGCCAAGUGUUAUAGCGGGUUCUGAGAAGUUCUUGCUUUCAUGCAAUGGUCCAGAACUUUCUAGCCCUUGUUUUGCUUAACGGGAGAACCUCCGCUUUUAUAGCUUUUGCUACAUUGCUGCCCUGAUGGGAUACAAAGAAAUAAACGAGCGAUUAUCUCCCUGUCCUAAUUUUUAACUGCUGCCGUAUUCACACGUUGUGUUGUCAUCACAUUUAUACUGAUAGUACUGAUAUAUAUAUUCAUUCAAAUAAACGUGACAUAAGGAAUUCAUUUCUCAUUCGUACUGUCAUUUUUUCUUUUGGCCACUAGGGGUCAGUCUGGCAUAUCUGGAACAGAUAUUUCCAUUUUCAUAUUUUUUUUUCUUUAACCCAUUUGUUAUUAUCCUGUUGCUAAAAGGUGACCUGUCAGAAUGCACAUGGCAUAUUCGUGACUGGCAGCUCAUUUGCCUUGCUCACUAAUUUUUAUCGUGUUUGUCAUUAAUUUACCAUUUGUACCAUUUAGAUUUUUUUUUUUUUUUUUAAAGUGGUACCUGGACAAGGGAUGUCCCAGGAAGAGCAUUCACCUAACUGUCAAUUAACCAGUACUGUUUAUUGUAUCCUGUCCAUGCAAAGGGGCAACAGCCUUGUUAUUAAAAAGAGAUUUUGUCUUGCUUGAAGGAGUGGGAUGUUACAUUCGAACCCCGGAGAUUAUGCUUGGGGCCAGAGCGGCCUGGAUUCAAUAGUCACUCAGGUACGACAGAAUUACUAUGUUUCACAUUUCAGCAAAUACCCGUUUGUUUUUAAAGUGUAUCUGUCAUAGCACAAACUGCAUCAUUUUAAAUGACAGACCAUGCCAUCUUAACCGUACAUUAUGCUAGCAGAAUUGCUACCAAAUGUAUAGAUUUUUAUUGAAAUCUAAAAAAUUGAGCCCGCCCCUCACCUGUCAAUCAGUUGUUGGCCCAGACGUCUAGGCUGACAAUAUAGGGACAGGGCAGCACAGAAUAAACUACCUACAGGUUCUUCUCCGUUCAAUCGAAGCAAGUUUAUCACACGCAAGCUGGAGGAAUAUCACAGCAACUACAUAAUUCUAGGAAUGCAGUGACCAAUGUCGCUCCGUUCUUACCAAGCUUGCCCUGAUUGUCAAAGUGUUCCCAGACAGUCAGUAGAAGGUGCGCAGUACAGUUCAGGAGUCCUGGCUUGGCAGUGAUGAAGAUAGUUUCAUUUUACAUUGUGCUUGGCAUGCAAAAAUACAUGGCACCAUCUUAUAGCGAUAAUAUCUAUAUACAUAUAUCUAUGUAUACAUUGCACUAACCACAUUGUUAUCAAACCAUUGUUUUCACUAUUGCCUUUAGUAUAAAACAAACAUGUCCGCUGUAGUGGAUGUGCACUAGACAUUGUUAGAUACUUCACACAAAAUGUGAUUGUGGAGAGCUGCAUGCACAUCCACUGCGCUAAAGUACGUACGUAGUAUGUUUGAGUAGGCGGAGCUGUAAAUUGGGUAAGUAUAUCUUUUUAUAUGUACGUAUGCUGGGCAUUUUGCCAGUGUAGUUGUAGAGUUUAGUUUGGAUUUUUAUCAUCCCCGCCCCCCACAAAGAGCCCCUUUUCCUUUUCAUUAUUGUUUUGUCCCUUUAAGACUGUAACAGGACUCAUGUAAUAUGUAUCUAUCUUCCCAAACCCACCCCCCUGUACUGGUAUAUUUGAGAGGUUUCUCCUAUUCUAAUUCCCAUGUAUCCAAUGUACUGCUUUAGAAAUAGAAGUCCUUGGAAAAUAACUUGUAUAACCCACUUACCUGUGACUUUACUUCUCUAGCUUUUGGGUCAACUCGAAAACACCGGCCCCCCUCCCGCAGAUAAAGACAAGAUCUCGUCGCUUCCGACUGUCACUGUAACUCAGGAGCAAGUGGGUGAGUGUGGGUCUAACUACUAUCCGUUUUAGCCAGCCAAGAGUGUACCUCACACUGUAAUGAUGUCCGUGGUUCGAAAUGCCGCUGUAUUGGUGGUGUGAUUUGGUGGCAUAGAUUCAUUUCUGGUGCGUGCUGAUAACUGCCCUGUCUAUUAUGCUGACACCACCUUAACACAAUGAAAGUUAUGUAACAGAUGAGGGUGUUCUUUACAUCAGUGUGAAUAGGAAAUAUAAAUGCACUCCAAUCAUAUUUAUCUCAGUCUGUUGUCUUGCAAUGUGCGCUGUGAUGUGUUCCGAUUGACUCUCUGCGAGCCAUCUUCAUGUCUUCUCUAACCAUUCUUCUUCACACAGAUAUGGGCUUGGAGUGCCCGGUGUGUAAAGAUGAUUAUGCUGUAGAGGAACAAGUCAGACAGUUACCCUGCAACCAUUUUUUCCACGGAGACUGCAUUGUGCCUUGGCUCGAAUUGGUAAGAGUGUUUUGAAGACUAAUCUUUGCUAAAACUUUUUCCCCCCCAUUUAUUUGUCCAUCCUUUACAUUUUUUCAUUCGUUUUUAAGUUAUUCAAAUUUAUGAUUGUGCACACCAUUCCUCUCCAAUGUUUAGAUAAUAUGGAGAAAAAAUUAAUUGAAUUGCUUGUCCCAUUGCUCUUUUCUUAACGGAUGUCCUGCCGUUUGCAAAAGUGACUUCUAAUUAUACUGUGCAAUUCAACUAUGACAACAAUGAAAAUUCCAAGAAUUAAAUACAAUGUGCAAAAAAAUCAAUUUAUUCCUUUGGACUUAUAGUCUGAGGGGUAUUAGUAUAGCUUUAAUUAAAGCAGACCGGUCACCUCUCAUUACUUUAUUAGUAUUUUAUAAAAAUGAAAUAUUCAUGUUGACUAUGAUGGAAUUUCAUGUCAUGAUUUUAUGAGACAACGUACAGACUACUGUGCCUUACUGGCAAAGUCCAGGGGGUUGACAAAAGGACAGCACUUCCGCCUUCAGAUUUUGUCCGUUCCAUACUUUGUCUUGUCUGUUGAUUGUGUUUAUUGUGCUGGAAUCAGUAAAUGAAUCAACUUUAUACAAAAAACAACAUAUGACACCAUAACCAUUUAUUAUCUCCAUGGUCGAAUAUCAAUCUUAUUGUUACCAAGUUGAAUCCCAACCAGCCUCAGAGGCUGACCUUAAAUUUAUCACCAUGUUGAAUCAUCACCUUUUUUUUUCUCACGAGACACGAAUACAUAUUUCAGGGUUUCUACACCUUAGUGGGCGAUGAUAGCCAAGUUGCAAAAUUGGGCCAGUGUAAGAUGAUUUGAGAAAUGUAUUCACUGCUGUUACCUUGCUGGGUUGCAUUCUUAAUUUACCUUUAAACCCUUCAGUAUGUUACAGACUAAAAAUGUGACAUGACUUUGAUAUUUUCACAUUGUACUGCAGUAAUUUACGCACCAUGCUAUUUUGUUUUUAUUUCUUAAAUAAAAUAUGGUUUAGGUCUCUUUCCAAAGGUCCCUAACCUUUGUCGUUCUUUCCCAUAGCAUGAUACGUGUCCCGUGUGCAGAAAGAGUUUAAACGGUGAGGACUCGACACGACAAACACCUGGCUCUGAGGCAUCAUCUAGCAACAACUUUAGCAGUGACAGCCAACUGCAUGACCGAUGGACCUUCUGAAACCCCCUAGUUGGCUUUUCCUGCAGCUCCUGUGCCGCAGCCUGUAAAUUGUGCGAGGGAAGGUAGCCGGAAGGGGUUGGGGGAUGCCAGCAGCUGCCACCACAUUAUGCGCUGCAUCUCUCCCUGAUCUAAACUAGCAUCCAUGUAAUAAAGACAUCUAACAGCCAAUCGUUGCUUUGCUCUGAAUACAUCUCCUCUGUCUGUCCCCUCUGCAAGCAACGAUCACCCCUCUUGAGCCAUGAAAAUAAACAAAAUGGCGUUCAACACCUAUACCCACCCAUCGUUCUGCCUUGCAAAUUUUAAAGACUCAUAAUGUUGCUGUUGAAUGGCAGGUGGAAACAUUCACACCACCCAUCCUUAUUAUGAACAUGAUAAAAAUAUAUAUUGACCGUAAUGCCUAAAGAUGGUGGCACUGCAUUGGUGGUGUUCUCAAUCUGAACCAUCGUAUCAAAGACUAUAACGGAAGGAGUGGUUCCUUAUGGCUGGGAAAGUGAGACAACCCAAUGAACUAGUCGUGUCCACUCACUACAGCGAGCAGAAGGAUUCGUUAUAUUCAGAGCUAUUCAUCUAGAAAUUAUAUGUUAGAAUGUUUGGGGGAGCAGUAUCAUGUAAGGUUCCUAAUGGGUUUCAUCUCAUGACUUUCGACUCAGCGAUCAGAGGACACAACCUCCCAUGCGCACCUCUCAUCAUACCUCUCCCAUAUUGGAAAAGAAGAAAUACAAGCAGACUUUAGUGAUUCAUUUUUCAUUGAAAUUUUUUUUUUUUUUUAAAUUUUUUUGCAUUUAAUUUUGCCCUGUUUGUUCCAUAUUUAACUUUUUUUUUCUUUCUCUCUCAUUUGGUUCUAUGUGUAUUGAUAACAUUAAAUCAUAUAUAUGAUAUAUAUAUGUUUGCCAGAUUACCUACAUUUGUUAGAAAAGACUGGUAUUUGUAAAUUAAGAUAAAUUUGUUCAGAUACCCAACACUUGUAUCUGAGUUUUGCUUUUCCUUUUUAAUAAUAUUUGGAAGGUCACCUGGUUAGUAACCCCCUAUUAACAGACGCCCUGCACUCUGCCUUACUAACACAGAUUCAUGGUUAGUCAUAAAAUGUGAGUUUGUUGAGAAUUCAAAGUGAAUUUCAAAAAUAGCCAAAAUUGAAAAAUUCUCCUAGUCCAUUCACCAGACCAGCUAUUUUUCAUAUUCUUCAUUCUGCAUGUUUGGCCAAUAAUUUUAAAUUCACUUAGACUUCCCAACUAGUCUCACUUUAUCGGACAACACGGUUAGAGGUAACAGAGAGAACCUUGAUUAUAUUAAACAGGGUAUUUUAAACAUUAAGGAAAACUGCGUAAAAAGUGGACAUUUGGAAAACAUGCUUUAAAAAGUGGUAUUUCAAUUUCAAGCAAAAUGUAAAAAAAACACAAUCUGAAAUAAAAAGUCGAGAUGAAAGGAAAUGGAUUUUAAUUUGUGGUUCUCGCCAAUUCUGUGACAUGACCGCGUGGCGUGGCAUGCGUUGGAAUUCUCUUCCUGAAGCAGUUCAUUUGUAUGCCAUGCGUUUGGUAAUCUCAAAGAGUAAAGUGCAAAAAUUUGGAUUUUUAUUUUUCGUUUCCCCCCUUCCCGUUUUGUUAAGAUUUAUGACAAACACUGAGAGGAAAAAAAAUAAAUAAACCUUAACUGCAUCAUG